UGGAUAGCUUUCCUUGGAAAGUUGGGGAAGACAUAGAUUUUAUUUAUAAUAUAUAAUAAUAUACCAAAUCAUGACUAUAUAAUUCAAAACAAAAUGUUUUUAUAAAUAUUUACAAUGUGUUUUAAAACAUGCUAUUAAGUAGAUUAGUAGCCUUAUGUUACUCUUUUUUAUAUAUAUUGUGGCAUAUGUAUAGUGGAUCAAAAAUGAUAUUAGAUGAAAUGAGAAAAGUUUUCCUGAGAGUAAAACUAUAGUUUCAUAAAUAGAUUGAUUUUAUGAUCACAAUGUUUUCUCUUCCAGUUUUUCAUUGUUCAUUUUUUAUACCUUGGCAAAUUAAUCUUCAGUGUCAGCCAAAAUUUCACUUGGCUUUUAUUGUAAAUUGCCCUAAUUGAUGAGUGAAAAAGCUUUGAUAUCUGCCUAAUCUUAGUUGGAUGAAAUAACUGAUUUCCUUCUAAUUCAUUUUUGCUCCAUAAAAUGAUAUGUUAAUAAAUGAGGAAAACCAAUCAUUAUCUAGAAAAGUGCAGUUAUUCCUGCUCAGAAUUAAAUAAAUCAGAAUGGAGAAAUUUUAUAGCAUUUUUUUUUAACUGUUGACUGUCACUAUAUAUGUUAUUUUAAUGAAUGAGAGUAAGUCUUAUAAAAGUUGUAAAACAUUUAUGGGAUCCAUUUCAGAGGGUAUAUAAAUAUUUUAUAACUAGUAGGAGAAUUUCUAAGUACUGUUAACUUGCCUAUAUGUGCUGCUGUUAAUCAGUUGAUUAAUUUUCAGACAGAUAACAAAAAAAUUCCCGGUAGUAACAAUGGUGUACUGAUGGUAUUCAUUUGUUCUUUUUUCUUUCCCCCAAUAAACUCUAUAUAUGGAAAUGUAGCUCAGUAUGAGGCAGAAGGUGGGACUCAACACUAGAGACAGGGAGGGACAUCGGACCAAAUUGAGGACUAGUAAAGCAAGGAAGGGGCAGAGACAGCUUUUCAUAAGACAUGUCCACCAGUGCACCAUAUCAGUUUAUCAUUGGCAUGAGUUACUGUAAGUUACACCCAAGUUACUGCCGCUUUCCAUGAGAAAGACCCAACAACCCAGGAGUUAUUACCCUUUUUCUAGAAGUUUCUGCAUAAUCUGCCCCUUAAUUUGCAUGUAAUUAAAAGUGGGUAUAAAUAUGACUGCAGAACUGCCAUUUAGCUGCUAUUCUAGGUGCACUGCUUAUGGCACAGCCCUGCUCUGCAAGGAGCAGUACUUCUGCUUCUGUUAUACACUGCUGCUUCAGUAGAGGCUCCUACCAUUGUCAUGCCUUUGAUUUCUUUCCUGAGCUAAGCCCCAAUUUGGAGGCUUGCCUGCCCUACAUCAAGUAUCGUAUUUAAUUUAUGGGUGAUAUUUGUUUUCAAAUCUAUGGAAUCAACUCUGUAGAAUUUCUUUAGCAAUUUUUUUUAUUGGGAGCAUGAUUAAAGUGGUUAUUAUAACUACUGAACAAUUUCUGAAUUAUACAAAGCAAGAUAUUUGGAUUAAAUGUAAUAAGCUAUAGCAGAAUAUUUGCAUCUUGCUUUUGGGAAAACUUAUUAUUUGUAAAAAUAAAAAUUAUUAUACAUGAAUGCAUUCUCAUUAUAAAAGACUCAAACACAAGACAGAGCAAAAUGAAUGUUUAUCUUCAUGCCCCCCUUAGACCCAUGUUCGUUAGAGAUAAAAAUUUAACAGUUUAGUAUGCAUUAUUCCAGGACAAAAUUUCGACCAUUUUCAGACAUGUACAUCCUGAUGUUAAUACAUUUAAAGAUGGAAUCAUAGUAUAUAUCCUUUUAACUUGGGUUGGAGGAGGUCAACAUACUUUGGAAAUAAAGAGAUUUGCUUUUACAACUGAAGGUCACUCUUUGGUAUAUAGACAAAUCUACCCAGCCAGCUACCACUGCUAGCACCUCAUAAGAAUGAGAAACAUGACUAUGAGAGUAUAAAAUAAUUGUGUUAAGUCAGUUCAUUCAUCAACAAGCCACAAAUAUAGCUUAACAAAUAGGAAUCCUUUUUAUCUUAUGGUUAUUUGCCAAGUUUGCCACAGUCCUUGUGUAUGUGUGUGAUCAUUACUGUAGCAUGACCCCAUAUUGCAUUCUCAUAUUAGCCUUUAAAUACUUACUGUAACACUUUAGCUUUUAUUUCAUUGAUUCAGAUCUUUUUUUUUUGUCCUAUUCUUUCUUUCAUUUGAUCUUUUUUGCCCUUUUUAUUUUCUUCUAUCUUUGAGUUUAACAUUUUGGAUUAUGUUUGAUGGUGAUAAGUUUAGUUCAGAGUUUCCCAUCCUCAGCAAUCUUGACAUUUUGGAAAAGAUAACUCUUUGUUAUCAAGAGAGAGGUCCUUGCUUUGUAGCAUGUUAAGCAACAUCCCUGACAUCUACUGGCUAGAUGCCAGCACAGUGCCCCUAGUUGCGAUAAUGAAAAAUAUCUCCAGAUGUUUUCAAAUGUCCCUGGAAGGUAAAAGCACUCCUAGUUACUGCCAAAUGUCCCCUGGGAGGACCAUCCCCAGCUGAUGCCAAAUGUCUCCUAAGGAGCAACACCAUGCUGGUAGAGAACCAUGGUUUAUUAGCAUUCCUAAACUUAUGUAGUAUUUUUUGGGCAUAUUUUUUAAGGAAAAGUAGCUAUCCCUGAACCAAUUCAUAACAUGUUUUGAUGUAUAAUUAACAUUGUCAUAAAUACAAUAGUAGUGAAACUUCACUCCUUAUAUAUACAAUUGACUUUAACUUUCUUGGCAGUAGAUAUGUAUUUGCUGCAUCGUUACAUGGAAAGAAUAUUCGCUGAUGAAAUAAUCCUCUCCAACUUGAAAGAAAUAUUUUCACCUGUCCCUGUGUGUAUCAGUCACCUGGUAUCUGACCUUCCUUCCUGUGUCUAGACAUAAGUUCAUACAGCACUUUGACUCUUGGUAUUUUUACAAAUGUAUGCAUUUGGCAUACAGCAAUGUAAUGCCAAAUAUAAACUUGUUUUCUAAGAAGCAUGUUUUGUUUAAAAAAAACACAGCCUUUCAAAAUAAAUGCUGCAUCAUAAAGUCUAAAUAUAUAUGGAUUUUCUACACAUAAUCCCUCAACACUCGUAUUCUAAUAUGUGAGUAUGGGCAAUCUUCAAUUUAAAUGGAAAUAACAUAAACAAAAAUUUUAAUAUUUUACCUAAAAUUUGCAAAAUUCAGUAAUGUUUUAAUAAUAAAAACCUUAUCUAUGUACUAUCUAGGAUAUAUGUUCAGACAUGUUGAUCUUUGAAGUUAAAAAUUCUUGUACUUUCCCCCUCCAGAAAAAAAAAACUACAAAAAGAAAAGACACCAACUGUCCUUCCCAGUGAAAUUUAGACUACUUCAAAAAGAAAAAAAGUUUCCUGUAUUUCUAGACUUAAUGGUCUUAUUUCCGCCCUUAGUAUAUAUUCAUGUUUAAUGAAUUUCCUGUUGACUUUAAAAGGAAUUUCCACUAUUGGCUAUUUUAAAAUAAUUACCUAUUUCAAGCUUUUCCUAGCAUGUGGUUAAAUCACUUCCUUUGCAGAAACAAUACUCAACCUUUUUUGAAGUUAAGAUCUGAAUGUGAAAAUUCAAGCACUGUAUUGAUUUUAAUGGAUCAAUUUAUUUUUCUGUCUUCAACACACCAAUCUUUAAAUCCAUAAUUUCUGAUUUUGUUUUUAACUAUGUAAACCAAUUUCAAAAGAUUUGAAAAUGGCAAAUCCGAUAGACAGAUGAAGUGUUUUUGUUGUAAAUUAAUAUAAACCACAUUCUAGAUAUUGAUGUUAUGUUUGAUACUAAUACUGAGUCUAGCUAAUACAGUAGACCUGAUUUUUCCAUAAACUGGAGAUCAGGUAGAAACUACUAAAAGAUAACAUUGUGAUGAAAAGAUGUGUGACACUAAGUUUAGUGUGCUCACAUGCUAAAAAUGUUUUUCACACAUAAGAAUUUAUUGUAUUACUGGCACUAUCUGACAAUCACUUGUAUCGGCUUUUAAUAUUUUUAUCAAAAUAAACUUUUUAAAAACUUAGAUAUAUUUAAAAGGGAAAUAUAGUCAUAUAUAAAUAUAUAUAUGUUUUUUCAGUAUACAUUAAAUAGUAAAGUAAAAAGGACCACAGAGUUAGAAGAUUACUCAGGUAGCCGGGUGCAGUGGCUCACAUCUGUAAUCCCAGCACUUUGGGAGGCAGAGGUGGGUGGAUCACUUAAGGUCAGGAGUUCGAGACCAGUAUGACCAACAUGGUGAAAUCCUGUCUCUACUAAAAAUACAAAAUUAGCUGGGCGUGGCGGAACAUGCCUGUAAUCCCAGCUACUUGGGAAGCUAAGGCACAAGAAUUGUUUGAACCCAGGAGGCGGAGGUUGCAGUGAGUCAAGAUUGUGCCAUUGCACUCCAGCCUGGGCAACAAGAGCGAAACUCGGUCUCAAAAACAAAAAGAAAAAGAUUACUCGGGAAUCAUGGAAUCACUUAAAAUCAUCUAGAGUAUUACCACUGAGUUUAUGGGAAAAAAUUUGUGCAUUACAAAACUUGCCUUUUAAUUUAUAGGGGUUUCAGGUUUUAAGUAGGAAUCUUCAAGAACAUGAUAAAAAAUUCUUCUGCUUCAUUAUUUUUAAAUUGUAUGUACAGUGUUCUCUAUAUAGUGUAUUAAUUAUUAUAGAGUAUAAUUAAGUAUACUGCUUUUAUAUUUUAGAACUUUUCUUUGGGAGGUAGAGGAAGAGGUUAGCAUUGGCUGCUAGGUGAGAUUGUAAAUGAAGUAACAACAUGACCUCCUAAUUUUGUCCUAUUCUCAUGGCAUAUAUUUGUAAUACCUUAGGGAAAGGAGAGAGUUGAAGCUGAUUUCAGCUUAAUUCUAGAUCUCCUCUGAAUGGCAUUAAAAGCAGUUUAUAACAUGUGGCCGGAUAUAAUAAUAUUCAUGGUGGUUUAUUAUCAUCCAAAUUUGUAGCAACUUUUUUACCAGGUAUUUCUGUAGCUAUUUCUGAGUUUCUCUCAACACUGCAAUUCUUCUCUACCUUUGUUAUUUCAGCUGUUUUAUGAAGGUUUAUUUUGGAACUGAAUAUUGACUAAAGUCUUAUGCCACUCUCAUUUAGCUCUUUGUGGCAAAGGUUACAUGUAUUUGAAGUUGUAGCCUUUAUGGCUGAGAAGUACAUCAGAGCCAGCCAGUGUCCAUUGCCUCUACUUCCCUGACCCUGACUUUGGCCUUCAAUACCUCUUUUUUCCCAGCGUUAGGCGUUUUCUCACUCUUGUUCAUUACAGCCAUGAUCAUGUUAUAUUCUGGCCAAAAACCUUCAAUAUUCUGCCUUUUGUCAAGACCUCUUUAUCUUUACUCUCUAUUCUCUCUACCAUCUGCAAUGCCCUUAUGUUCUCAUUACUCCCCCUACUUGAUACAAACUGUACAAUCAUUGUAUCCUUGGGAGAUUUUACUGUUGCUUUUGCUGUCCUUUCUUCUGUGUGUUGAGUUUUCCUAAAAAACCAAUAUAAGUUCAUUUGUCUGUAAAUAUCUACACUCUUCUAGGUCCAGCUCACAUUUUGCCUCUCACCUUAAGCUGCUUGGGUUCUCUUUUAAUCCUUUGCAGACAGAAUGAAUAUCUCCUCUCCUCCCUGAAUUGCCAUUGUACUUCUUGUGAUUGCUUUAUUUUAUUAUAUUUUACUGUGUUGCAGUUAUAUUGCAAUCUCAGCACGGAAGAAAGGCAUGGGUUUUAGAGUCCGGUAUAUCUAGUUUUUGAUCUGUUUCCUCUUUAACUGCCCCAAAAACUGGCUGUGCUGUGGUAUAUUCUUUUAUAUUCUAGAGACUCUGUUCUUUGCAUAUACUGUUGCAGUUGGCAAUAGAUGUUUAAAGGAUGAAUCACCACUUAUUCAUGAAGGACUGUUAUUUUGAUAUUUAUUCAAACAAUAUUCUGAAGAAUCCUCAAUGUUUUUCCCACCCACAGAGGAAUUACUUUCUUCUCCAAAAAGUACGCAGUUAAGGAGUUUGUGUGUGGAAAAUGAACAAAAAUGUUCCAUGGAGGAGAUAUCUGAUAUCUGAAGGGGUGUAUGUGUGUGUGUGUGUGUGUGUACAACGUCAGGGAAAGGGAAGGUUGGUUUUAAUAUCACACUUUUCCUAUUUUUUUUCUGUUUUGGUAUGUAUUCUAAACGUAGUAAUUUAUAGCUGUUAUAGCUCCAGACACUUAUGAAUCCUAAUGCCAGUUUCCAGUUUUUAAGGCGGGAAAUUGCUGGCACGUCCUCUUAAUCCUCCUCUCCUCUAGGAUUUACUUUCUGGGUAGCAAGAUACUAGACAGGAAAAAUGUCACAAGUUUGCAAAUAAGUUAUGCAAAAGGUUUAUUAAUUUAAAUAAUUGUGUCAUAUAGUUAGGCCCUGAAGAUACUAACUUGCUUUUCUGCCUUUCCUACAUUUUCAACACCAUGUGCUUAGUAUAGCAAAAUUUAGUGCUAGAUGUAUUUGUCUUAAACUUAGUUCAAGGGACUAAUAAGAUUAAUAGGAAAAGAGGAUUUAAUUAUAAGAUAUCCUAAUGUCUGGAGAAGGCCCUCAGUCAGAACCCUCAUGCUUCUCAUGCACAGAGAUGUCUGUGAAUACUCUGACCACUUUUCUUGUGUUUACUUAGGACUAAAUGAGUAAAUGACUGAAUGUCAGCACUAUUAAUUAAAUUUGUUGUAGAGUCUCUGAUGGCCCUGAAUCAUUUUCCAGGGAACAUGCUGAAACUAAGCUUCUAAAAAUCAUUGCUUAGUGAACAUGUAAGAUGGCAAUAAACUUUUCAGUGCUCUAUUUUCAAGAAUAAUAAUAUUCAGAAGAGCCUUCUUUUAAAUGACACAUAAAGAUUUUUCCCCGCUUUAUUAAAUGCCUGUAAAUUCUAGGUUGAACUUUUAGACAUUGAAUAUAGUGACUUAAGAAUCUUUAAGUUUUUACUUCAGCUUAAUUAUUUAAGCAGUUGAGAUGCCAAUUUAAAUUGAUAUUUAACAAAUAUUAAACAAAUUAAAUAUCAAUUUUAUUAUAAUGCCCUCUCUUAUUAGAUGCAUGUAUUAUUUAAACAGUUGAAAUAUCAGUUUUAUUUAGAAGUGUAGGCUCAUUAUGUUUCAAAUUUGAGGAAAGACAUGAGUUUUCAGAUUGACAGUGCACUCUGAGUAAAAUAAAGAUAAAUCUAAAUAUAGACGUGUCAUGAUAAAACUAUAGAACAUAAGGAAUUAGGAGACGACCUUGAAGGAGAGAAAGCCAUUAUGUACAAAGGAAUAACUAUCGAAACACAGAAGUCAGAAGACAUUGAUAUAAUGUAUUUAAGCACCAUUAGAAAACCACUGUCAACCUGGAAUUGUACACACAAGUAGUCUCAUAAAAUGAAUGCAAAAUACAGAUAUUUUCAGAUACACACACACAUAUACACACACACAUGCACACAAAGAAAUGUAGGCUUAUUUCUAAUCUACUGAAAUCAAUCAAAUAUGUUGAUGCUAAAUGAAGCUACUGCAUACCGAAACUUUUAUUUAUAUAUAGUUUCCAAAACUCAGGGUAGAUAUUUGAAUAUUCUUAAAGGAGAUUGUACCAAAUCAUGUUGAUAGUCUAACUUGAGAGAAUCUGGGCCUUCAAGUUUGCAGAAAUGUAUGAGGUCAUAACAGUUCUUGAUGAACUUCUUAGAGAAUGCAAUGCAAUUUCUGAUUAUAUGUCAGGCUAGUGGCUUUGAAUAUACCAGUUAUUAAAAGGAGAACAAAUAGAAUUUUUCUGUUGUUACUUCUUGCUUUGUCCAAUCACAUGUUAAGUCUAGUCAAGUAGAAUUAAUUUAAUGUUGAUUUGUUGUUUCUGUCAGCAAACAACAUAUAAUAUUUGUGAUUUAAGCAAAAUAUUUUUCCUCACAGGUGUUUUGACUAAUAGGGCAGGAAAUAGAGAAUGGCAGUAACUCUCAUGGGGAAAGUACUGACUAGGAUAGAUUCACUAGCCAACCUUGUCACUUGGCACGUUGACACCACUUUUAUGUAAAGGUGAAUUUUAGUCUGAAAAAUUAUAUAAUGAGCAUAACAUUUAUCAGCUCUUAUUCUUCAUAGAUCCUUGAUUUCUGAGUGUCUAGACCAAUGCUUUUGUUGCCACUUUUUUAGUUAUUAUUUUUGUACACAUUGUUUCAAGUGAUGGAACAAUGUAGUAGUCAUAUAGUCCAUAUCUUUAAAAUAUAGUUUCAGAAGAACUGUGUUUAUUACUUUCUUUGCAGUAGUCUACUAUACCAUAGUGGGUUUUUGAUACUUGGUGACUACUUUAAAUGAUGGUUAACCCUAUUCCGCUGCUCUGCUUCAUUUUUGUUAGCUUAUUCCUUGAAUCUGUGGGAUCAGAACCUAGCUCACCUGUUGGGAUACUUGAAGUUUCCUAUACUUUAUAUUAUAUAUAUUGUCUAGAUCUAAUAUUUCACUAUACAUACAAUCUGUGUAAGCUUUAAGAGUUUAAUGAUAAAUUAAUAACAAAUAUUUUAUUUGUUCACACAUGUAUUGAAUAUUCAAUACUUUACUAAUUUUUAACUUUAGGCAAAAUCCUUCAAAAAUAAGUGAAAUGUUUUACAGAUUUAAAAAUGAGGGUUAGGGGAUUAAAAUAGUUUGCCUUUAGAUAAUAAUACCUUCCUUAUUGGAUUAAUAUGAGGAUUGAGAUGUAUAUCUGAAGCAGCUAACACAGAACUGGGCACAACAAAUGAAAAUUGUUGUUGCUGUUGCUUUUAUCAAUGCUGGUGUCUGAGCUAGUGGUAUAGCCAGGUUCUUUCCGAUCUGAAUCUAAAGUCUAUGUUGAUUAUCUUUCUGAUCUGAAUCUAAAGUCUAUGUUGAUUAUAUUUGAGACCUUUUGAAUUUAAAUGAACACUUGAUAUAGUUUUAUUUAUUCUCCUUAUGUAGCAGUGUUCUCAAUUAUUUCAAAGAAGCCAGGUGUUAAUGACCUUCUGGAAUAAGUUUUUAUUCUUGGUUUUAGCUUCCGCAGCAGUCCAUUAACGAUUAGGGCUGACACCAUGUUUCAUGCUGAUGACACUGUUCCUAGAAACUCUGCAACAGAUGGUAACUUUUGUGUAGACUCAGCACAGUUCUCCCAGACUAUGCUCCUGACUUAGCAGAAUUCAGCAGAUCAACAGUCUGUCUAUACAAGGCAUCGGUCUGUGGUAGAGAGACUUAUCUGGAAAACUAGCAGAGAAAAAGAUGCUAACUAAAAUGGGUCAAGAGCUCUAGCUGAACUCUGUUCUCUGUGUGGCAUUUUGUGUUGGAUUUAAAAAUCAUAUGGCCAGAAAGCUCUUUUACUGUAAGGCCAGUUAAGCAAAUAGCCUGGUGUCAGAUUCUAGAUAAGGCACAAGUUUACAUUUUGUACUGAGAUCAUUUUUAUCUGAGGCCUCUAUGUUUUACAAAUGCCCAUGUGAGGGCAAGAUGCCUACUAUACAGAACAUGCAAUUAAUGAAUGCCCUAGGGAAUAAGAUAAGGAGAUGGAAUUCCUGUGCCAACAUAGGGCUCUUUGUUUCACACAUUUUCAUCAUUUUGGACAGGAUUAUUUGAAUUUGGCAAUAGAUGGACAAGACUUUGUUCUGCUUGUGCCUAUAAAUUGGGAAUCAUUUCAUUGUGACAUAUGGGGGAAUAUUUCUUUGGGGGAAAAGAGAAGUAUGUUUACUUUUCUGAUACACCUUACAAGUUUCCUUGGGACUAGUCAGAUGACAGAGAUUUCAGUGAUAGGACUGAGACUGUAGAGGCUAUUUACUAUGAAGUUAAUGGACCGUAGACUUUAGGGCUCCUUAUUUUCUCAGGCUGUGUCCAAGACCCUGCACCUUAUUCACAUGAUCAUAUGUAACAUUUGCAAUUAAUAUUAUUUAAACAUAAUCAGGUUAAAAUGUGCACUUCUACCCCUCUUUGUCAUGUUUCUUUUAGUGCAAAAUGGUGUUAGAGCAGGCAUGGGCAAUUUUGAAUUCUGGCUAAUGGGUUAGGAAUACAUUUAUUUUGCACUUAGUGGAAUAUAUUGGUGUGAGCCAUAUGAAACUGUCAUUUUUUGAGGUUGAAAAUGAUUGAGCAUUGACAAUUUCAUAUGGCCAACCUAGUAUUUAUGUGGUUCAAUAUUAGUUCAAUGUAUAAUGAAGUUACUUCUACUGCUCUGGUAAAGGAAUGUCUCCCUGAAAUCUUCCCACUUCUCCUACUGCUUCCCACUGACCCUACCUACAUACCCAGAAUGAUGAGUAAAAGCACAUACCAAGAGGUCAUUUUGUAAUAUGUAUGUGUCUGAGAGCAUCUGGCACCAAAGGUAUUUGGAGUCAGAGGAAACACCACCACCAUCACCACCUUGAUCUAGAAUUGGAGAGCAAUCAUAAUAACGUAUCUGACUUCCUUUCACAGGAAAAGGAGUUUAAUAGGAUGAAAAUACAUUGUCACACUGCUACGAGAUUAUAUUUCUAGGGUUAAUAGUAGAACACAUUUCAGAAACUUCAUACCAACUCAGUCUCUCUAUUUCCAUUCCUAUCUUCUCUCAAGAUAAAUGUUUAUUCUCAUCUUUCCUUUCAGGAAAAUGAAGACAGACAGGGAUCAUCAAUGAAUGAGAUUUGUCUCUUAAUGAAACUAGUAGUGGGUGGGGAAGACCUAUUCUAGGGAUAUCUUCUAGUGUUUUCUACUUCUGUUUCUCUUAAUGACAUGUUAUCCUGAUUAUUGUUUUGCCUCACCAACUGGGGUGGCCUAGGAGGUGCUACUAGAAUCAGCAAAAAUACAUUGCUUGCUAAUUAAUUCUCCUCAAACAUAAAUUCCUCAGUUUUCACAAGUAAAAUAGAUGUUUGCUCUUCCAUCCUAUGGUUUUAUCUUUUCCUUUAAUUGCAUCAGCUUUGGGGAGUCUGAGAAGCUGUAACAAAAAAAGUAAUGUUUUUCUGAUUUCUGCAUACAAUGAGUUCCUAAAUGUCGCAAAUAAUUGAGAAAAUCAAGGAAUGUCAGGUUCUCUGAAUGUCUGUUUCUCAAAGAGCUUUUCUUUAAUAAACUCUUGCCAGGGGAUGAAGUGACCUAUGAGAGUUUUUACUUGAUUUAUUCAUGACGAAUAUGGGUAUGUAGGAUGAAUAUUUAAACCUUUAAUACUAUCUUGUCUUUUGGAAUAUAACAUAUAAACGUACCUUCUUUUCUACUUUUUAAAAAUCUGGAGCAUCUAUAAUAUGGAUCAAACAUCACGAAUCAACUAAUAAAUCUCUUGCAACUCAAAAGGGUCUCAGGAUCCUCAGUGCCCAUCUGUGACUCUACUGCCUUCCUUUUAUAUUUCCCUAUUUUGGUGAAUGUGAUAACCAGCCACAGAAUCUGAGGCAUGCAAGAUGCCUCAUGAAUUAUUCACCAUAUCAGGCUCAUGAAAACCUUCCUAAUCUCUUCUCUGGAUGCCUCAGUUCCUCCUGACCUCCUAAUUAGAUAAGUCUGUUAUUCAUAAUGCAUUGUUGCAGCUAUCCUUGAAAUGUAGUUUACCCAAUUAGGAGGAUGGAAAAAGAAGAGUUUUUCUUAAGGAAAUAUAGCUUAUAUAGCAUGAUUCAAAGUCCUCUUUAGUGGACAGUCACCAUUUUAUCAUAUUAAUUCACUCAACAAAUAUUGUUAGAGUGCUUAAUAUGUGCCAGGUACUGUGUUAGGUACUAGGGAGACCACAGUACACAAGGAGACAAAAAUGCAAGCCCGCAGAGGGCUGACAAUCUCAGGGCAGGGGGAAGCAAGUAAGUCAAUAAGUAAGAUAUAUUAUAUGUCAAACAAUGACAUAUGCUGUGAAACAAAAUGAAGCAGAUUAAGGGGCUGGGAAGAAAUGGAGUAAGGUAAUGGGUUGGGUAUCUUGGAUUGUCUCCUCCAGAUCCAUUCUCCACUCUUCUGCAUCCUGCCCUCUGCUCUGGGAAGUAAAUUAAUAUGGAUUAUAUAUAUUAAUAGGCUCUCUGGAAAGAAAUUCAUGGGAGGGAGAAGUGUGAGUUCAGGGUAUUUAUUCUCUCAGCUUCUUUUUCACAGGUAGCCUCAGUCUGUCUUCCCUCCUUCAAUCAGUAUUUUUCUCAAGGCAGCCCUCUCUGUUGGACUCUUUCUGGUUUCUCUUCUCUUCUCUUCCCCUUCCUCCUUCAGGCUUGAGGAGGCAAUAGCACUCUUAUUACCAAGCCAGUGGUUCUGUAUUUUACCUUCUGUUUUAUUACAUCAUAGAACUCAUACCCUUGUAAACGGUUCUUUAUUCAACUGUACUGGUUGUUUGAAUUUAAUGUGGCACCCAUUUUGGGGGAUCCUGACUGAUACAGUUACUAGUCUGGGAAUAGGUAGUCUAGGAAUAGGUUUGACAUUAUCAGUGACAUGUGAAGGACAUGAGGAAAAAAGCCAUGGAGAUGUGUGGGGGAAAGAACCAUCUGCAUAGAAAAGCAGUAGCUUUAUUCUUGGAAUGUUGGAUUGAAAAUGAAGUGGACUGGGUGGCUGAAACGAAGUAAGUGGGAGAGAAGUAGGAAAUUAAGUCAGAGAGGUAGUAGACUUAGGUGGGAAGAUCACAGAGUGACUUCUUAGGGCAAAUACUCAGUAUGAGAUUAGAAAUUAGUGGAGGUGAUAAGUUUAUAAUGUGUCACUUUUGCUACUAUUUGGAGAAUAAUCUGUAUGGGGACAAAUCACUAUGAAAGCAGGAAGGCCUGUUAGGAGUCUGUUGACAAAGAUGAUGGUAAUUGUAGCAGCAAAGAUACUGAGAAAUGAUGGGGUUUGGGAUGUAUUUUGGCAAGAUGGGGACAGGAUUAGCUGAUGGAUAUAGGAUAUUAAGAGAGGAAUAUGGAAUUAUGCCAAGUUUAGCAACUGAGUAGAUAGAUCUGUUUUCUGUUAGGAGAAUAGUCAUUGGAGGAAGAGUUUAGGGAAGAAGAUCAGGAAUUUGAUUUUGAACCUGUUAAGUUUGAGAUGCACCAAAGGAGAUGUAUUAAGAAGGCCUUUCAUGGGAAAUGUCUAGGCUAGAGAUACAAAUUGAGGAGACAUCAACAUAUAGAUGAUAUUUAAAGUUAUGCAACUUACUGAAAUUGCCUAGGCUGUUGAUUCUCAAACUCUUUAGUUGGAUAUUUGUAAAUAUAAUUUUCACUGUGAAUGUAUGGUGGUUGGGUCAUUCCAGUCAACAUUUAAAAUCAUCCUUAGGAUUAGAUAUGUUUUUAUAAAAUAAACAUAUAUUUUAUAAUUAGCAAAUAUACUACCUAAGUAUCUAUAUAUAAGUAUAUCCAUAAAUUACUGACAUGUCUGUGUAAACUCAGGUAGACAUAUAAAGUAUGUAUAACCUAAGAACUAUGUUUGAAAAUAUUAUUUGUCUUUUUGGUGGGCACUUUUUUUGUUUGCUUGUUUUUUUGUUUUUUUGAGAUGGAAUUUUGCUCUUGUUGCCCAAGCUGGAGUGCAAUGGCAUGAUCUUGGCUCACCGCAACCUACAUCUCCCAGGUUCAAGUGAUUCUGCUGCCUCAGCCUCCCAAGUAGCUGGGAUUACAGGCAUAUACCACCAUGCCCAGCUAAUUUUGUAUUUUUUUUUUACUAGAGACAGGGUUUCUCCAUGUUGGUCAGGCUAGUCUUGAAUUCCCGACCUCAGGUGAUCUGCCUGCCCCAGCCUCUCAAAGGGCUAGGAUUAUAGGCAUGAGCCACCGUGUCUGCCUGGGCACUUUUAAAUGCUCAGAAAGUGAGAGUAAUCUAUAAAUAGGUAUAUCCAUAAAAUACUGACAUGUCUACAUAAACUCAGGUAGACAUAUAAAGUAUGUAUAACACGAGAACUAUGUUUGAAAAUAUUAUUAGUCUUUUUGGUGGGCACUUUUAAAUGUCAGAAAGUGAGAGUAAUCACUGAUUUUCCUGCCAAACAGAAUUAAAUUACAACUCUGAGAGGAGAACAUAAGGAGUGUUAUUGCAGCUAUCCUUGAAAUGUCAGUCUGCUUUUAAAAUGUGAUUAUUUUAGACCCUUUGUUUACACUAUGGCAUCUUUAUAUGUAUAAAAUUUUAAACAUUUGGGCAUUCUGUGAUUUGUCUAACUUUUAGUAUUUUGAAUAAAAGGCAAUUUGCAAUAGUAAAGAAAUCUUUAUUACCAAAAACAGUAGACUAGGAGUGAGAAGUGUGGAUUUCUAGAAUAUUUUGUCACCAAUAAGCCAUGUGAAUUUAUAAUACUGAACUUCUCUGGGCUUCGUGUUCUUUGUUUGAAAAUGAAAAGGUUCAGUUGGAUUACUGGUAUUUCCACAGUUCCAUAGAUGCCUCUCUCUCAGCUCCCAAGUAUGUCAGAGAUGCCCAGAUCCUUCUCUCUGUUUCAACCAGAUCCUUUAGCUUUUAUUUGUUCUUUGUCAGUGCUACUGAAAAGACAUUUGGAACCACAAGAUCACCAGUUAAAAAGCCUUCAUCUUGUGUAGAAAUAAAAGUUUCAAUUAGUUAUGUACCAAGUUUUUGUCAGAUUUGAGAGCUGCCUUAUGACGGAACCACUCCCUACAAAACGUAUCCCACUAGUUUUACAACUGUCUUACCAAGUAACUAUUCUUUUUCUUUUUCUUUUUCUUUUUGCCUCUGAAGAGUAGUUUAACCUUAACAUGCUUUAAUUAUAGAGUCUUAGGAUCUUACAGUUGAGACAGACCUUAGAAAUCAUCUCUUUCAGCCUCUUUCCUGAUACAGAAUGAGCACCACAUCCCUGAGACUAGUUAUUCAAAAUCUAUUUGCAGAGUGCCAGGGUCUCAUCAACUGGGAUGGUAACCCAUUCCAUUUUGUAAUAGCUUUUAUGCUUUCCUUUGUGAAGCCAAAAUAAAUAUGCUUCAAACCUCUACUUUUUGGCCAUUUUACUGUAGUGGUUUAAAAUACUAUCUGUGGUUAGCAGCUCUAAGUGUACUGUAUAUAAGAAUCACUUAGAGGGUUAAGUUGAAUAUUCCAGAACUCCAUAUUCCAAGAUUGCUUCAAUAGAUCAGGGAUGGGGUUCAGCAAAUUUAUAUCUUUAGCAAACAUUUGAUGUGAUUAUAAAUUUGAAUUGUUAUUAUAACUCAACACAUAAUUUUGUGGAUUGGAAAAUUCUGUUAUAGAAUAGUUUGUGUAAUAUGAUUCCAUUUAGGUAUGUAAUAGCAUUUAUGUAUUUAAAAAAUCUAGGGGCCGGGCGCGGUGGCUCACGCCUGUAAUCCCAGCACUUUGGGAGGCGGAGGAGGGUGGAUCACGAGGUCAAGAGAUCAAGACCAUCCUGGUCAACAUGGUGAAACCCAGUCUCUACUAAAAAUACAAAAAAUUAGCUGGGCAUGGUGGCGCGUGACUGUAAUCCCAGCUCCUCAGGAGGCUGAGGCAGGAGAAUUGCCUGAACCCAGGAGGCGGAGGUUGUGGUGAGCCGAGAUUGCGCCAUUACACUCCAGCCUGGGUAAUAAGAGCGAAAACUCUGUCUCAAAAAAAAAAAAAUCUAUUUAGGAGGAUAUCCCCAAAAUAUUAUCAAUGCUUGGUUAUUUCUGCUUGUUGUGAAAAUGGACAAUUUAUACUUCUACCUUAUUUUUACAUUCCUAAUGUAAAAAUGAUUUCUACAAUUAUUACAUAUUACUUUUAUAAUUAAAAUAUCUAAUGGACAACUUAUAUUUUUACUUAUCUUCAUAUCUUGUUUCUAUAAUGAAUAUAUAUUUAUUAGUAAAAUGAAAAAUAUUUAAUGAGUAAUUUAUUUCCCUACUACUUAUCAUAAAGUUGAUUUUGUAGAAGGUGGAGAUUUGCAUGGAUGACAGGGAUUUAUCUUGUAUGGCAACAUUCAGAUUCACACUGAGUGUUUUCAGGGUAUAUUAGUGUAAGGGUCCUUGGGUACGAUAUCCUGACCCUUCCAAUAUUCUCUAAGGGAGGAUGAUGAUAGCAUUGAUAGUCGUUUCACUAUUCAGCUCAGGCCAUUCCAUUGGUCAUUUCUUUAUUGUUCUUCUUUUUUUAAACAGUUUUACUCUGUCAUCCAGGCUGGAGUGCAGUGGCACAAUCUCAGCUCACUGCAACCUCCGCCUUCCAGGUUCAAGCCAUUCUCCUGCCUCAGCCUCCUGAAUAGCUGGGACUAUAGGCACGUGCCACCACACCCAGCUUAUUUUUGUUAUUUUUGGUAAAGAUGAGGUUUUGCCAUGUUGGCCAGGCUGGUCUUGAACUCCUGACUUUAAGUGAUCCACCCUCCUCGGCCUCCCAAAGUGCUGGGAUUACAGGCAUGAGCCAUCAUGCCAAAUCUCAUUUAUUCUUUUAACGAACAUUUACGUUCCAGGAUCUGUGCCAGUCAUGAGAGCCGGAAAGGAAAACCUGUGUACCUAAUUCCUACUAUAGCAGAGGAAGCAAAGGUGGCAAAAAUAACAGAUGUGCUGUCUAUGCACAGAGCCUGGGAAGCUCUGGGGUGGUUUUACUGAAGAGUGGCUGAAUGAGGAGAAUCUUGAAAGUGAGGAUCAGUCUUAUCCAAGCAGAUGUGGGAUGGAGAGACUUUUUCUUUGAAAGGCCUUAUGCAAAAGCUACAGAAAUGUGACCUAGUGUGUUAUAAAUGCAGAACUGUGAAUAAUUUGAAAUGGUUAGAGGACUGCACAACCAUAAGGGAAUUUCAUGAGGUAACUUUGGGUGGAUAAGCAGGAGUCCAAUUUUGCAGUAACCUAUAUACCAUUUUAAAGAGCUUGGAUAAGUAACUUGGUUGGCUUUUAUGUUAUGACAACAGUAUGGCAGGUAUAGACUGGGUGCAGUGGCUCACGCCUAUAAUCCCAGCACUUUGGGAGGACGUGGCUGGUAGAUUGCUUGAGCCCAGGAGUUCCAGACCAGCCUUGGCAAUAUAGUGAGACCUCAUCUCUACAAAUAAUAAUAAUAAUAAAAUUAGCUGAGCAUGAUGGUGUGUGCCUGCAGUCUCAGCUACUGGGUGGGAGGCAUCGCUUGAACCCAGUAGCUGGGAGGCUGAGGUGGGGGCAUCGCUUGAACCUAGGAGACUGAGGCAUAGAGUGAAGCAAGAUCAUGCCACUCACACUCUAGCAUGGGUGAUAGAGACAUUGUCCAAAAAAAAAAAAAAAAAUUGGCAGGUAUUCUGAAGUGAAUGGCUAGAGAUAGAAAGACAGAUUAGAAGAACAUCCUAAUACUAAGUAUUUUGAGGCAAGCAUUAUUAAGGGGUCAAAAAUAGUAUUUCAGCUAUUCAAGCAGGUGACAGUAUUUGCAGCAAAUAUCUCUUACUAAGUAAGAGGCAAUUGGUUUAGGAGAGUCAGAAUUAAUUCUCUUUGUAUUUGUUCAUUUCUACUCAAAGUAGGUAGUAAUUAUGUAUGACAUCUCUUAAUCUGUAAACUCUUAUCUUCUCUUUUCUAAGCACCACGAAAACCUACUAAUCUUAGCUUAAGGAAAACGAAUAACUUAAACUUCCAGUGUCUGUUAAAAGUAGUUAGUUUUGUACUCCUUGGGUUGAAGAAGGAGUUGUAUGUUAAGAAAAGCCAAUUUAGAAGACAUGUAAUUUUACAAUUACUAGUAUUCUCUUACUUGAAUUUUAAUGACGAUAGUACCACUCUUUGAAUUUUGUUAGGAGCUUUGUCCUCCAGUCUAUAAACAGCAGUUUGAAACCAUAUGAUUCUCUGAAAUCUCUCCGUAAGACCAGCUGCAGUUCAGAUGUGAUCACUCAUUGUUCUAUAAUAAGCAGCUUAGACCCAACUAGCCACCCUUUGGACUGAGACCAUACAAAGCUGUUUCUGUCCCACAUAGGCAGGAUUCCCUGCACUCCAGACUCAGCUGCAGGGCCUGCUGAAUUAAUCAAAGGGUUCUUAGACCACAUUCCCUAAAGACUAGUGAAUUUCUAUAGCGACUCCAACCCAACACUGAACUUCUUGCUCUUUUUAAAUGUUCUUCUGACAGCUGGGGACCUAAGAGCUGUCUAAGUCCUGGAAGAUAACUUUGGAAGAAUGUUCUCAAAAGUUUAUUGAUGAGAAAUGUAGAAUUACAUGUUCUUUUGGCUGUUGGAAUUUAUGAAAAAAAGUUAAUUUGCAAUUAAUAGCAUUGUUAAGCAUUCUAGAAUGUAAUAGGCACUGCAUUUAGUGCCUUACUUUCACUGUCACAUAGUUCCAGUAAAACCUUACCAGAUACUUACAAUUAUUUCUGUUUUACAAAGGAGGAAAUGGAGAGCCUGCUGGUAUAUGGAUGCCUUCUCCACUUAGGACAAGUGGUUCUCAGCUCUGGCUACACAUUGAAAUCCCCUGAAUAGCUUUUCUAAAAUUCAGAUUUCUGGGUCUAUAGCAGAUAAAUUUGAUUAAAGUUUCUGGAGGUGUGGUCCAGGUAUGAUAAUUUUAAAACAAAGGAAGCCUUCUUGAGUUGAUUCCCAUAUGCAGCUAGGGUUGACAAGCUUAGUCCUGAUGUGUCUGACACUCAUACCUUAUCAAACCGUGGUCCCUCGCUCAGCAGCAUUUGGAUCAGGUAAAAGCUUGUUAGAAAUCCAGAGUAUUGGGAUUGUCCCUGACCGACUGUAUUCAAAUCUGAAUUGUAAAAAGAUCUCUAGGCAACUGUUUGUAUUGCCUUUGCAACUUUCCUUUAAUUCCAAAGCUAUUAUAUAAUUAAAAUUGUUUAUUGGGGGAAUAAAAGAUCAUAUUUGGGAUAGAAAGGUCAAAACCUUUCCUCUAGAAACUCUUUCUAGCAAGAGAGAAAUUUAUUAAAAUGCAAUUUGCUACAAGCUGUGAUGGAAAUAAUGCAAAAUGUGCUGUCAUGGUAUAGGAGGAAAUGAAAAACCGCUGUUUAGAGGAAUUAGAAAAUUGCCAAAAGAAGGUGACUCGAAGGCAUUUCAGCCACAGAGAAAGAUAUAAGGAACAAUUUUUAAAAGUUGCUGAUAUUAAAGGAAUUUAAAAAGAAACACAAGCCUGUGCUUUGAUAAAAAUGUAAUGUUUAAUACACAUGUAUAUAUGUUUGAUAUAUCAUAAACUCUAACCAAAAACUGAGGACAUGUCUAAACUAGAAAGGUAAUAUAAUAAUUAAUGGAAGAGUUUCUUUCUCUUUUCUGGGGAAAGCAGAGUAAAUUAAUUAUUUGUAACAACACUUUUGGGGGGUGGGAAAGACCCUGUUUUGAUCAACUCUCUCUUCUUGUGGCUGUUGUGACCCUUUUCUCUCUUGAUUCAUCAGCUCCUUAGAUACACCGUGCUUAAAUUCUCUACUGGGCCCUUUCAGAUGUUUCCUUUGCAUUUACAAAGAACUUCUGAGUGUAUCUGACCCUUUAUAAUCUUGGUUACCUCAUCCUCGCUCUACAGCUAGGUUUCUGCUCAGAAUCACUUCUAAAAAGCCCUUGCUAAUUAUUUGUAGUCUCAACUGGGUACCAUUUCUUUGGGUCCCCAUAGCAUCCUGUAUACAUCACAUUGCUGCUAAUUGUCUUCUUGUCUGCUUCUCUCAUUAACCAAUAAAUACCUUGAAGGCAAGGGCUAUUUUCGGUGACUUCCAUGUCUCUAGUACUUUGCAUAGGAUUUGAUGCAAUAAAUGCUUUGAAAUAAAUAAAAGAAGUGAUAACAAAAGCCUAUUUUUGCCCUUAGUUGAUAGUAACAAGAUAAUCUUUGGAGACGGCAAUUAAAGAUUGAAAUGUUGUUAGCAUUAGGAGCUAGCAAGAAAAUUAGAGACUUCAACUUGUAUAUAACACAUGCCUGGCAUAAAGCAGAAUUUUAGUUGUGUCAAAGUGAGAACACUCUCCUUUUAUACAUGAGGGCUCUCUGAUUUAGGUCAUGUUAUAGAUAUGUGUCCCUGAGCAUACUACUAAGAGACUAUAAACUCAGAUAUGGAUAUCAUUGUUCAUAAAUUAAUAAUAAUUAUAUACCUUCCAGUUAUGAAGUGCCUAUGCAUGUUGUGUUAUAAAGUGCUUUUUACAUAUAUGAUUAUAUUUAAUUCUCUGAAAAAAUCUUAAGAGAUUUGUAUUACAUUUGGGGACACAGAUUUGGACUCAGAAAUGUAUAAUUAUAAAACACAUACUUAUCCCCUAGCUAGUGUCUUUUUUGCUCUGUCCUGUUGCCUUUCUUUAAGAAGCAGCUAACACCCCUUCUAUUUGUCUCUUCUGGGAGAUUACAUGGUUAGGAAUCAAGAACUUGCCUUUUGAUCAGUAAUUUACUGUGUGAUUAUAUAUAAAUCACUGAGCCUCUCUUUCUCAGUCUACAUGUUUAUAGAAUGGGCCUAUUGAACUAUAUCAUGGAUUUAUUCUUAUGCAACAUAUAUUUGAAAGGCUACUAUGUGCCAGACACUGUUCUAAAUGCUGAAGAUAUAGCAUCACAAAGGACAGACAAGAACCCUAAUUUCACAGAGCUUUCAUUCUGGCAUAUCAGGCUGAAAAUAAACAUAUUGAAUAAAAUCAUGCAGUGAUUACCAUCAUGAAGCCGAUAAACAGAAAAACAAAGAAUAAUGUGGCUGGAGUGUCCUGGAAUGUGGGAGACAUCUAUGGAUGAGGUGGUCUGGAAAGUUUGCCCUGAAGAACUAACAUUUGAUAUCUGAGAACAAAACAAUAGUCAGCAUGAAUAUAUUUGAGUGUGUAGAGUUGAAGGCUGAAGGAGGCUCAAGGGUGGAAAUUCUAAGGCUAUGAAAAUUUUGCAUGUUGGAAGACCACUAAAAGACCAGUAUAGCUGGUGGGAAAAGUGACAGGAGACAAGGUGAGAUGUUGGCAGGUCUGGAUCACGGACUUAUAGUCAAUGGUUUCAGACCCUUUCUCAAACACGGAUGGGCAGACACUCUGCGGAAAUCCACAAUAAUUUUUUCACAUCUUUGAUACAUUCGAUACUUUUGAUACUUCCUUCCAAUUCUGUGAUAUCUUUCAUGGUUUUAGAAAAUCUUUCUUUGUGAGUAGUUUCCCAGAAUAGACACCAGAAACUUGCUUCAACGUUUUUUUUUUUUCUUUUAUGAAGUCUUGCUCUGUCGUCCAGGCUGCAGUGGAGCGGUCUGAUCUCGGUUCACUGCAACCUCUGCCUCCCGGAUUCAAGCGAUUCUUUCUCAGCUUCCCGAAUAGCUGGGAUUACAAGCAUGCACCACCAUGCCCAGCUAGUUUUUUCUAGGCCAGCUAGUUUUUCUCCCUUUUAAGACAUGAUAUACAUUUUUAAUUAUACAUUGCUCAAAAACUAAGAUUGGAGAUGCACAUUUGUUGUUUCAUUGGGAAAUUUUGAGAAAUUGAAGCUAAAUCCUUGAAAUAACCAUUAUAUCUAGGUGAUGGUUAUAUGAAGUUUUAUUGUGUUUUUCUGUCUACUUUAUCUUUUGAUAUAUUUGAUUUUCUACAUAAUAAACACUUAAAAAGAAAACAUUAUGUGUUAGUCUAAUGUAACCCUGUGACCUAGGUUAUUCACUGGGCUUCUUUUAGCUUCAGCGUCCUUAUUUGUAAAAUAGAAAUCAAUGCCUCAUAGGGUUAGGAUUUUAUCAGGAAAUGAAUGCUCUAGUGUUCUAGUGUGGACUUUAACGUACUGUUCACAUGUUGAGUAUUAAUUAAAAAGGACUUUGUAAAAGUGUCACUCAAUAUUGAGUAACCUAAAAAGAAAGAGAGAGAUUUAUAUAAUUGUUUUUUGUAUUAGAAUAAUGUAGGUCAUGGAAUCCGGAAGAGGGGAUGGACUGCCUUUAGGAGGUGGUCACUUAAGAAAUGGUGGAAUGAAAGUAAGCCUAACUUGGGGCAAGAAACCCUUCAUUUUCUGUGUUAGAGAAGAGAAUAGUGAACUUAGUUAAAUAUAGAUAUUGUUAGGCCAUUUUUACAUUGCUAUAGAGAAAUACCUGAGACUGGGUAAUUUAUAAGUAGGUGUAAUGGACUAAUGGUUCUGCUAUGCAGGAAAUAUGGUACAGGAAUUUUUUCCUGACCCCUUCGCAGCCCUUGCAACAGGGGUGCCUUGCUUACUCAACCCAUAGCUCUCAUCCCAUCGCAGGAGGGGGAGAUUCCAGUGAGUGGGUGCAGGAGUUUGGGCAAGUGCUUCUGAGCACCAGCAGGAGCAAAACUCUGUGUGGGUCCCUAGGGCAGCAUCUGCUGUGGAGUACUCAUGACCCCUGAAGCCCUAGAGGGCAUGUGUUACAGUAUGCUCUUUUAGCUUUGCUGUGGCAGAUGGCUUAAGUGUUAAAUAGCUCAGUGGGCCCUCUGUCCUUUUGUGUGAGGUGAUUGCUUUCUGCCAGUGAGAGCAGAGGGUAAGUAUGACAGCCUUUAGCAUGGCACCUGAGCUCUUUUUUGGCAUCCAGGAAAAAUCAGAUCACACAAACAAAUUGAAGGGUGAAUACAGAGGACUUUAUUGCUGAUGGAAGUGGCUCUCAGUGGGAAGGGGAGUUGGAAAGGGGAGGGAGCACGAAGGUAUUCUUGCCCUGAAGUCCAGUCAUCUCCUGCUGGACUCUUCUCCAAAGUCAUGCCAUCAAGAUGUCCCUCUAAAAUCACACUGCCUCUCUCUGACAUUCAACUGCUGCUUCUUUUCUCCUCUUCUCUGCUCUCUGCAGUGAAGCCUGGGGUUUUUAUGGGUACAGGAUGGGGAUGGCGUGGGUCAGGGUGGUUUUGGAAAAGGCAACAUGUGCAUAGGAAACCAAGAAUGAAUGUCCUCACUUUGGGCCGUGGUUCCAGGUUCAAGCAGGGGGCUUCACCAGGGACCAUGCCCUUUUCUGCCCAAAAUUAUUUUUGCAUCUUGUUCCUGUCACUGGCAUCUACUUGGCUUCUGAGGAGGACUAAGGGAGCUUUUACUCAUGGCAGAAGGUGAAGUAGGAGCAAGCACAACACAUGGUGAAAGCAGGAGCAAAAGAGAGAGAGUGGAAAGGUGCCACACAAUUCUAAACAGCCAGAUCUCAAGAGAGCUCACCAUCACAGGGCAGUGCCAAGGGGAUAAUGCUGAACCAUUCAUCAGAAAUUCAAUCCUGUCAUCCAAUCACCUCCCACCAGGCUCCACCUCCGCUACUGGGGAUUAUAAUUCAACAUGAGGUUUAGACAGGACAACAUUCAAACUAUAUCACAGAGGUUAACUGUUUCUUGGUUGGGAGACAGUCUUAAUACUAUCUUACUUAAUAUCAGUUUUGCAAGUGAGGUUUUUAAAAAUUAGAUCAGUUGUCACUGGAGAAAGGAGACUAGACUGGCUUCUCAGGUCGUCUCAUGGGAAUUUAUAUCUGCUAUAAAGGAUUGAUUUUCAGAAAAUACAUGAUGAAAACUUAAUUCUAACUAAUAAUAGAUAACAAUUUUUUCAGAGUUUACUAUGUGCCAAGAAAUGUAGUUUUUAAUAUAAAUUAUCACAUUUCUUUCUCAAAAGUACAUAAUUAAAGAGUGCUAUUUUUUUUUCAUUACAUGGAUGAGAUAGGAAAUUAUGGCUCAGAGAGGUUAACACUUUGCCUAAAGUCGUAUAAACUAAACAAGGGAUAGAACUAAGACUAGAAAUUGCUAGUCUAACUCUCUGACUUGUGGUUUUUGUUAUACCAUAUUAAAUUCUUUAUAGCAAUUAUUUCAGCCUAGGCUCUUAGCAUUUUUUUUUGUUUCCUUACCUUUUCCUUUAUACUCUUUAGUGUGCUAUAUGAGCAGAUAUAUUUGAGAUUUUAUUAUAACAGUCCGAAAAGUCCAUUUUUAGAAGUAGAAAGAACAUAAACAAAAAUAUAUAAAUACAAGUAAGUAAUUAAAUAUUGGGUUAGUUAUGGCUAGAGCUGCCAUAACAAAUAUCAUAUACUUGGUGGCUAAAAGUAACAGACUUUUAUUCUCUCACAGUUCUGAAGGCCAGAAGUUCUAAAUCAAUGGUUGGUUUCAUUAGGCAGGGUUGGUUUCUUCAUGAUUCUCUCCUGGCCAUUGGUGGUGGCUGGCUGUUCUUGGCCCAUGGCGCCAUGACUCCAGUCUGUGUCUAUAUUUUCACAUGGCUUUCCUCCAUGUCUCUUUGUGUCUUAGAUCUCUCUUUCCUUUUAUAAGGACACUGAUCACUAGAUUUAGGGCUCACCCUAAAUCCAGGAUGAUAUUAUCUGAAUUCUUUUUACCUUGUUAAGUACAUCUACAAAGAGUCUAUUUCCAGAAAAGGUCACAUUCACAGGUACCAGGGAUUAGGAUUUAGACAUAUCUUUUGGGGACCACUAUUUUUAAAUCUUACUAUUUUAAGCUUUUGUAUUAAAGAAACAGAUGAAAGAGUACAAUACAAACUUGGAUUUCAGAUCAUCUCAAUUCACAGAUUACUUAGUUUUAAGUGUGUUUUAUAGAGGGAUGUUAUUGUAUAUACAUUAUCUUAAUGUCACAGAUAUCCAAUGAUUUUAGACUUAAAUCCCAUUUUCUGUUCGCUACUUCUCUAGUAAAAAUGUAUGCUGAUCUAUAUCUUUUUGUUAUUCCCAGGAUAUACUAUUACAUAUGUACAUUUAGUUCCUCUCACUUGAAAAUUUGAUAUUUGAAAUUUCUUUUAAGAGACUCUAAAUGGUAAAAAUAUAACACAUAUUUCAGUCCUAAAACAGUUACAUAGAAUGUUUCAUGACAUAAAUUCUAGCACUAAAUUUAGUGAAGAGAUAAUGAAUUCAAAAGAUUGUCAUGGCAAAGAAAAUGUAAUAAUAUUUGGUGAUUGACUAAAAUUGGAAACACCUUAGGGAGAAAAGGCAAAGACACACUAAAGUUGACAUAAAAAAAAUCUGGAUGUUAUUCUCAGCAUUUUGCAAAUUCUGUUCCUCUACAGAGUGGAACAGCAAAAAAAAAAAAACAUCUAGAGAAUAAAAUGCAUGGAAAGGUAACCACAGCCUGUUGAUUGUUAAGCACCCUGGAGAGGGUGGUUCAUGAAGAAAUGUGGACAGCAAAUUUGGAAAGUGCUUUUAGAGAUAAAAUAUGAAAAGCCAUCAAUAUGUUUUAUUUUUUUGACACAAACUUAAAAUGUUUGUUUUUAGACAGUUUAGUGGCACAUUGGGGGGAGAUGUUAACUGAGCAAUAAAAGCUAGUAGUGUAUGUUCUCUGGUCUGAUAGGAUCAUGACUAUAGUUUAUAAGGUUGCAGUAAAAGAUUCUUAAAGUGAAUUACAAAAAGAUGCACAUCUACUUAAACUAUUUUAUUUUAACUAAAAGCUUAUACAGAUGUAUUUAUCUGUGAAACUUCUUGUAAAUUAAGGCUUUUCUUUGAGCAUGAUUCUGCUAAUUGGAGUUCUACAAAGACUUUCUUAUGUGACGAAUACCCAUUACAGAUAAUCCCAUUACUUCUUCAAAGGGUGGGAGAACUUAGGGACACCUAUACUGUGAUCUAAGUACAAAUUUCUUCUAUGUUUUAAUAAUUUCCUCUCAACUUUUUAUUUUUUAUUUUUGAGACAGAGUGUCUCUCUGUCGCUCAGGCAGGAGUGCAGUGGCGUGAUCUCGGCUCACUGCAACUUGCACCUCACAGGCUCAAGCAAUUCUCCUGCCUCAGCCUCCUGAAUAGCUGGGACUGUGGGCAUGUGCCACCACACUGGCGAAUUUUCGUAUUUUUAGUAGAGAUGAGGUUUCACCAUGCUGGCCAGGCUGGUCUUGAAUUCCUGACCUCGAGUGAGGCCCUGCCUCAGUCUCCCAGAGUGCUGUGAUUACAGGUGUGAGCCACCAUGCCUGGCCUUCUCAAUCUUUUAUAGCCUGGCACUCUCAACCUUUUAUAGCUGUCUUGCCUAUACAUAAUGUGGCAGUAGGGAGUAAAUACCUGACUAAAUUGUGAUUUGAUUAGAAAGGAGGAAUGAGGAUGUAGGCUUGUUAGGCAGCCAACUGGUUUUAUUACAGUAAGCAUAUGAAAUAAUUAGUGGAAGAGAACUACUUGAAUAUCAGUGGGCAAAGUCAAGUAAUUCUGAGUGUUCAGAUAGCUGUGGGCACCAGUAGGUGUGGUUGACACUUUAAUGGAGUGAAUCAGUCUGGUGAGUGGUGAGCUGGUUAAGUGGAACUUUGUUUUGAGAACAUCUAUUCUUCUAAUUGUGCUUUAAAAGUGUUGUAAAAAGCUCACAUAGAAUUUGAGGGGAAAGGAUUUGCAGAGCCAAUUAGAUAUCAGUAAACUUUCAAGGACAAGAUAGUAGAGGGAUUUAUGGUGAGUGCUUGUUUGUUUUGCGGGCUUAAGAAAUUAUUAAUUCCUGGCAUUUAUAUCACAGACUGAGAUGAUGAGAGAGACAUUUCCAGAAUUGAUUUCAGAUCAUGAGAGAACAUGUCUGUGACCAUUGGGUCAUUCAGUUAUGCAGCUAUUCUUGGGUGGUCUUUUCCUUGAUGGCCAUUCUCAUCUCAAUUGAGUGCAGGUCAGAGACUGAUUAUAGACAUGACAUUCUUGGAUUGUUUAAAACUGUACUCAUUGCAAAUAUACACAUGCACAUACAUAUGUACACACAGAUACAUAUACACACAUAUAUGUACAUAUACACACAUUUAGUUUAAGAUCAAAUUCUUUGAACAGGUAGGUCUUUCAAAAUAAAUAGAUAUGUCUUGCAAUAUGCUUUUUUUUUAAAAAAAAUAAAGGUAUAGCUUUGUUAUUACAAAACAAUUAGGAUCUUAUUUUCAUGAGUAGUAAAUUUUAUGCCAAAACUCUGAGCAAUGCCUAUAAAUCUCUCUCUUCUUUAAAACCACAGAGUAUGUACUUCAGGCUCUGACAAAGUUACACUUUUUGCUAACUAAGUGUGGUUUUGAAAAAAUUGUAUCCUUUGUUGUUUUCAUGACCAGUUUGUAGAGCUAACUGUGAAGCAGAUGGACCCCCUCCUCUCCAAGCAGUUAUGCAAGACCGUUUCCCUAAAUCAUUACCAUCACACCACUCUCCUAAGCAUUUUGCACUGUUUGCCAGUUGCUCCUGCUGUCACAAAAGAACACUUGAAAUGGUUUUCAAGAUCAUUUUUCCUUUACUGAUUUUCACAAAUCCUUCCAACAAGCUUCACUACACACCUUAGGUAGCCCGUGAGGUUUCAAGGAGACUAUGAGAGGACAAGAAAUAGGAUAGAAUGGUAUCUAGGAAGCCAGGGGAACAAUUUUUUUUUUAAAGAAAUAAUAAGCAUGGUUAAGUGCUGAAGGGUUAAGUAAAGUAGUGACUAAAUAUGAUAAUUGGAUUGAGAGUUUGGGGAUUACUGUUGCCUACUGAAAAUAGUUUCAGCUGGGUGGUGAAUAUAAACUGAGUUGAUGUGGUUUCACCAGCAUUUAUGAAAUGAGAAAAUGUGAAUAUUGUAUGCAGAACACUCUAUCAAGAAGGGUAGCUGUGAAUAGAAAGGGGCAGGAUUUCAUUUAAGAUGAAAAAGUUGCAAGUGCAUUUAUAAAGAAGUCCAUAAAGAGGGGUAGAAGUUUAGAAGAGAGGAGAAAAUGAAGUACUUUGGUCUUAUUCCCUCUUCCUUAAAGUACUUCUAUUCAUUCAUUCAAAUCCUUAUUAAUAAUACUUCUUGAAUGUACUGAAUGUGUCACUCUGUCUGAUGUUACAGAAAGAGAGCUAUAAGGUCAUGUUCAUGCUCUUUGGAAUUUAUAGUUUAAUGCUAUAACCAAAGAUAUGAAUAGGGGUCAUUUCCGCUUUGAGCAUGUUCUUUAGUAGAGUUUAAUAUGGCCUAUUUUUAUGGAGGGUCAUGAUUUAAUAGACCUAUCUAGAUAAAUCACAGAGUGGAACUUCCUUUUAACCUUGACAACAAAACCAGAAAUAAUUCCUGUCUUAUAGGCUCUAGUCCCAAGCAAUAUUUUAUCGGGAUUUUAUUAAAAUGAUGUAGCUUAACCCAGGGUAGGGUUAAAUCCAUGUAAUGACCAGUUGUGUUAUAAUGGGAUGGUUGGCUUGAGCCCAAAAAUAACUUUACAAGGCAUUGCAGAAAUCUCUAGGUUAAAGGGAUCUCCUGAUGAGUCAAGUAAUGCCUCCUAAUGCUUACUACAGUAGUCGUUUAGUGGCUUCUAGAUUUAAGUAUAAACAAAUUUUUAAUGAAGACCAGGUUUUUAGAAUUUUUUACAACAGUAAUCUUCUUACAUGGUGUAUAUUUGAUAAAUCUUAGUACAAAAAUUGUUUUACUUUUAGAGAGGGCAUUGUUCUUUACAGCUGAUAAAGCACUGCAGUAAGCAUCAUUGCUCUUGAUUCACAGUAUUGCUGAUCCAUAGGCAGAGGAAGUGCUGUUAUUAUUUUAUCACAAAUAAGAAGAUUGGGACUCAGAAAAAUUAGUAACAAUAGCUGACAUGUUGAGGACUUUUACAUCAGGCAUAGUGUUAAGAAAUUUAUGCUGUCAAAGUUAUUAUUAACUGAAUUUUGUUGUUGAGAAAAUUGAGACGAGGUUAAGUAACUAAUUCAAGUGUAUGUGACUGGCAAGUAACAGAGCCAUAGAACAAACCCGGGAAGACAGACCCAACAGCACUCUGAGCUCCUAAUUGUAAUGCUGUACUGCUUUUUUAGGGUCUUCACACAUAAGUAGUUUUUUUUUUUUCUUCUUCUUCUAUAGGUCUUGCAACUUCUAAUAAAAACAAACUGUCAGGAACAAUGCAUUUAUUAUGUAAUAUAGUUAUCUAAAUAGUCUCCAAAAUGUCCAAAAAAGUCGGUGAACUAACUUAAUGUCGUCAUGUUUUAAUUGGCACAGGUGUAGUUUCAGCUUCUAGUCGGUGACUAUUUCAAAGCAUUUUCUUUUUUUUAGAGACAGGGUCUUGCUCUGUCCCCCAGGCUAGAGUGCAGUAGUGUGAUCAUGGCUCACUGUAACCUUGACUUCCCAGGCUCCAGUAAUCUUCUCACCUCAGCCUCUCGAGUAACUGGGACUAAAGAUACAUGCCACCAUGCCCAGCUAAUUUCUUUUUCCAUUUGUUGUAGAGACGCAUUUUGCCAUGUUGCCCAGGCUAUUCUAGAAUUCCUGAUCUCAAGCAGUCUGCCCACCUGGGCCCCUCAAAGUGCUGGGAUUCCAGGCAUGAACCACCAUGCCUGGCCUCAAAGCAUUUUUGUUUUUUGUUUUAAUUGAAGAAUUGAUAGUCAUUAUCUACUGACAUGAAUUAUGAAACUUACUAUCAACUGGAGUCAGCUUAUGUUUAUUUUCCUAUGAAAAUAUUCUAGAUGUAGUAGAUACCAAAGAAAUAAAAUUCAAUGUGGAAGCAAUUUAUUGUGAAACUUUUGGGAAACUCAUGAAUUUAUAAAGCAAUUGAGAAACUUGUUAUUCAAAAUACUUCUUUUAAUGAAACUGUUAAUUGAUAUAAUAGGGGAGAUAUUAAUGUUACACAAUUUCUCUGAUACUAUUUUAAAAUAUAUUUAAGAGAAAUGCUAAACACGUUGAAUAAUAAUCUGCUUUUAAUAGAUUCAGUGUCAGACCCAGAAUAUCAGGAAGUUAUUGGCCAUACUUGUAACUAUUAACUGAAGCAUUGGCCUUUUAACUGCCUUUACCAACUAACAGGCCCCACUGAAACAUGUCAUCCAUCCAGUAAUUGCUGGAGUAUGAUAUGAAUCUUGCCUCAUGAUUUGAAUGUAAUAUGUUGCUGAUAUUACUCAGUGUUCAUGUAGAUUAAACAUAUAUUUAUGAAAACACCAAUUCCAGUCCCAUAAGGAUGGGUAUAAGGAGGAUGUUUCAGAUAAAAGCAUAGUCUUGAAUUUGCUUUCUAGCUAUGUAUCUGAAAUAAACAAGCAGAAUAUCAGAAUACUGAAAGGUAAAAAUGAAGAGUUACAAGGUUUUAUUUUGAAAUAAUUAUAAUUCCAUAAGAGUUUCAAAAAUACAAGAGACGUCCCAUAUACUCAUCACCUAGCUUCUCCACUGGUAACCUCUUACCUGACGAUAGUACUACUCUGGGACUUGAGCACCUGUGGAUUUUGUUAUCUGUAGGGGGUCCUGGAACCAGUCCCUCUCUGACACCAAAAGAUGACUGUACUUUAUCUUCUAUCAGUAAAUGAUCUAAAGCAACAGUUGCCUAAGUAUGAACCAAUUUUGCAAACAUUGAAAAGUAAUACCUUUUUCUCAAUAGUAGAUGGAAAUUAUUGAAACUUCUGACAUAUCAAAAAGUGAAUAUUAAAAUCUAUUUCAAAAAGAAAACUCAUUCACAUUUCAUCUUAAAAAAACAAAUUAACUCUGAAUGCAUUCAAAGUUUUAUUAUUAUUUUAAACUUUCACAAUUCAAACAAUGUCUCUACAAAUGCAUGAUUUUAAUGUAUCAUGUUCUGUUUAUGCAUUAUCAGUUGACAGACAUUUGGGUUGUUUCCACUUUUUGUCUAUUCUGAAAUAUGCUGCUCUGAACAUUUGCAUACAAGUUUUUUAUGGACAUAAUUUCUCUUGGGUAUAAACCUUAGAGUGGAAUUACGGGGUCAUAUGGUAACUCUAUGUUUAAUAUUUUAAGGGCUUGUCAAACUGUUUCCCAAGUGGCUGCAGUAUUUUACAAUCCCAUCAACAAUAUACGAGGGUCCCAAUUUCUCCUCAUGCUUGCCAAUGAGAAAUGCUUGUUAAUGUGUUGUAAUUUUAACCAUCCUAGUGGGUGUCUAGUGUCAUCUCUUUGUGGCUUUGAUUUGCAUUUCUCUGAUGAAUAAUGAUAUUGGGUAUCUUUUCAAGUGCUUAUUAAGUAUCUGUAUAUCUUCUUUAGACAAAUGUGUACUCAGAGCUUUUGCUCAGUUUUUAAUUGUCUUUUUAUUGUUGAGUUGUUCUCUGUCAGAUGUAUGAUUUGCAAAUAUUUUCUUCCAUUCUGUGGAUUGCCUUCACUUUCUUGAUGCUGUCCUGUGAAACAUAAAAUUUUACAUUUUGAUGAAAACAUUCGAUGAUGUAUUUAUUUUUCUUUUAUUGUUUUUCUGUUUGGUUUCUUUCUUUUUUUUUGAGAUGGAUAAGAAAUAACCUAACAAACCGUAAGUUAUUGGUCAAUUGGGUUUCAUAAAGGGAGGUUUCUUCAAGUGGUCAGGAAGCCAAGGAAGAAAAAGAAAUACAUAUGGUAGUCUAACUUGUUGAUUAAGUCUUUAAAAGUGCUUUUACAUAUCUUUCUUUCUUUUUUUUUCCUUUUUUUGAGACAGCCUCGCACUGUCUCCCAGGCUGAAAUGCAGUGGCACAAUCUCGGCUCACUGCAACCUCCGCCUCCUCGAUUCAAGUGAUUCUCCUGCCUCAGCCUCCCAAGUAGCUGGGACUACAGACAUACGCCACCAAACCUGACUAAUUUUUUUUUUUUUGGUAUUUUUUAGUAGAAAUGGGAUUUCACCAUAUUAGACAGGCUGGUCUCAAACUCCUGACUUGUGGUCUGCCCACCUUGGCCUCCCAAAGCUCUGGGAUUACAAGCAUGAGCCACCGUGCCUGGCCUGUUUGGUUUCAUAUGUGGGAAACUAUUGCCUCAAUCAAAGUUAUGGAAAUUAUGGCUAUGUUUUCUUCUAAGAAUUUUACAGUUUUAACUGUUUCAUUAAGGUCUAUAAACUAUUGUCAAUGAAAUUUUGUGUAUAAUAUGACAUAAGGGGUCCAACUUCAUUAUUUUACAUGUGGAUACCCAGUUGUACCAGCACCAUUUGUUCAAGACUAUUAUUUACCUAAAGAUUUGUCUUGGCACAUUUGCAAAAAAUCAAUUGAAUACAAAUAUAAGGAUUUAUUUCUGGAUUUUCAAUUCUGCUUCAUUUAUGUAUAGGUCUAGAUUUAUGCCAGGGCUACACUGUCUCAAUUACUUUAGCUUUGUAGUAGAUUUUAAAAUUGGGGAGUGAGUGUGUCUUCCAUUUGUUUUUAGUAUUAUUUUGUCCACUUUGGGUUCCUUAUAUUUCUAUACGAAUUUUGGGAUCAGCUUAUUAGUUUCUUCAAGAAAGGCAUCUUUUAAUAAGGAUUUGCAUUAGAUCUGUAUAUUAAGUUGGAGAAUAUUGUCAUUUUAACAAUAUUAAGUCUCCAGUGUAUAAACCUAGGAUAUCUUUACCAGAUCUUCUUUAAUUUCUUUUAACAAUAUGUUUUUAGUUUUUAGUGUACACAUUUUGCACUUUUUUUAUUACAUUUGUUUUACAUAGUUUCUUCUUCAUGUUAAUUUUAUUUUCAAAUGGUUCGCUGCUUAUGUGUAGAAAUAGAGCCAAUUUUUAUAUAUUCACUUUACUGAACUUUUUUAUAGUUGUCAUAGGUUUCUUUAUUGUUUUUACUGGAAUGUCUAUAUAUGGGAUCUUGUUAUCUGUGAAUAGAGAUAGUUAUAGUUCACCCUUUUCAAUGUUGAUGGCUUUUAUUUUUUUUCUUAACUAAAUUUGAAGAUUUGAAUUUUACAGUAUAACAAGUUUAAUUGUAACAAAUUUUUGAAAAACAUGAUUAUAUUUAUUUGGGCAUCUGUUCCAAUACACAUUUUCUGUACAACAGUAGAUGAACCUGGAGAAUAAAUCAUCCUCAUUUUGUAACACAGAUGUCAGCAAAUAUUUAUUGAAUGCAACAUUAUUUCCAGGAAUGUACUAGGCAUUGUACAGUUUAGAAAGAAAUUGGGCUUUGUCUACAAACUUAAUUUCAUAGAGAAGCCAGAACAUGCUUGAAAUUGCUCCAAGGAAAAUAUAGUACUGAAUACAAAUUUAGUGGAUAUUGGUGAAACUAAUAUGAUGUUUCACACUAAUGUAAGUAUUAGGACUAUGGAAAAGGCAGAAAAUAGCCUUAUUAUUUUAAAAAAUGGUUGGAAUUUGACAAUUAGCUCUUAGAUGAAUAAAUCAGAGGAUGGAAUAUAGUUUGAGUAGGACUUAAAAAAAGAAGACUAAUUCAAAGUAUUAUGAUUAGGCAGAUAUAAAAUGGAAAGUUUAAUUUUAAUGAAACUAGAAAAGAAGGAUAAGGAGGAGAGAACUUUUGAGAAAGUUAGACAAGAAAAUAAGACUUGAUGAAAGAUUGAUUAUGGCAGAAUGAAGGAAAGCAAAAGAUAAAAAAUAUGAGAGGCAGUCCUAUGAAUUGUCCAGCGUCCGAAAGCUAUGAGUGAUAAAACUAGUACUUAAAAUAUACCCUUCUGACUCCAAACCCUAUGUUUAUACCAUGCUGCAUUUCAGGAGUAACUGUGAGGGGUAGUAGGCUUUAAUACAUCCUCCCAAAUUUCAAAUUGCAUACCAUUAAUCCAACUAAUGUUCCUAAGUAGGAAAAAUGUUAAAUUUUUUACUGAAGUGCACCUUAUAGCACAAUAAUAUAAACUCUUGCUUCAUGCGUUCUAGAGGUUAUAGACAAGGAUGCUCAUAAGUAGAAAUACAUUUUUAAAAAUAUAAAUAUAUUUUAAUAUAUUUAUAUUAAAAUUUACAUUAAUAUAUUCCAGUCUUCAAUAUGAAACUUGUGCAUUCAUUAGAUUUUUGAGAUUGUGUUACAUCAAUUUUAACAUCAAAAUGUAAUCAUACUACAGGAGCAAAUUAUGCUUUUCUUCAAUCAUUUAAUGUGAGAAUUCCUGUACAUACUUCAUGUAUUAAUUUCCUCAUUUAUUCAGUAAAUAUUUGCUUCAUAUUUACUCCAUUCCAUUCCCCAUGAGGAGAAAUUAUGGCUUUGUUAAGCAAAGAAGGCAACUUGCUUCUUAUACUAGCUCUGUUUCUCUUAACUAUCCCAUUUUUUUUUCCUCUGGCACUUUUCCUUGCUUGCCAGAGAAAAUCUGAGUUUGCACUGAGGUUCUGGAGCCCUGUCAAAUUAGCUCUCUUUUCACUUCUGGAUGUAAACCAAUUUGAAUGAUAAAUUGCAUCAUCAUCUGUAAUGGUUAAUUUUAUGUGUCAACUUGACUAGGUCAUGGUGUGCCUCCACAUUUGGUCAAAUGUUAUUCUGGAUGUGUCUGUGAAGGUGUAAGUAUGAGAUUGACAUUGAAUUGAAUAAAGCAGAUUGCCCUCUCUUAUGUGGGUGGGUCUCAUCCAAUCAACUGGGGUGUGAAUAUAACAAAAAGGUUGAGUGACAUGGAAUUUCUUCUGCCUGGCUGCAUGAGCUGGAACAUUGGUCUUUUUUGGCCUUCAGACUUGGACUGAUAUCUUAUUGGCUCUUCUUGGAUCUUGAGCCUGAAGGAUUUUGGACUAGAACUUACUCCAUUGGCUUUCCUGAUUCUCAGGCCUUUGUACUCAGACUGAAACCACACUGUCAGGUUGCUGACGAUAGAUCUUGGGAUUUCUUAGCUUCCAUAAUUGCAUGAGUCCAUUUGCCCAUUCCUUGAAUUUCUUCUCUCCCUCUUACUCACUCACUCUCUUACACACACACACACACACACACACACACACACACAGUUCUGUUUUUUGGAGAGCCCUAAUAGUCACAUGGCUUAUAAUACAUUUAAAUUUACAUUUAUGUUUUAGUAAGGUUUCAGUAUGACCACAUAUCUUCAGUCUUCAGCCUCACUAUUGAGGAACUGAUGUAGGAAAAUGUUAAGUAUAUAAAUGCCAAAAUUCUAUAUUCAUUAUACAUUGAACUUCCAAGAAAAUGCUGCAAAGUAGAAGUGAAGAAGUUUUCUAAUUCACAAAACAAGAUGCCACUGAUGUAGCACUUAUAUAUACUUAUAAUACAUUUCUAAUUUAAAUUAAACCAUUAAAUAAAGUCAUUUUCCCCACUGAAAUUGAUCGAUAAGGUUUUGGCAGAAACAUGAGAUAAUUUUGUAUGCAAAACUCAUGAUAAACGAUAAACCUGGAAAAUUCAUGGGAUAAUAAGUAAGUAGGUACACAAUGGCAGAGUAACACACUCUGAGUAUUUACUAUCUGGCAAAUGCUUUAUGAGGUUCUUUACAUGAAUUAUUCUAGGAAAAGACUUGGUAGGGAUAAGGAAAACUUAAAUCUGUAAUGGGAAAUACUAAAUAAAAAAUGAAAGCUGACAUUUAUCAAGUGCUCACUACAUGCCAGUUUCUAUAUUUUUUCUGUUUACUAACUCAUUUAUCCUCACAACAGGUUAAGAUGAUCUUAUUUUAACCCUACAAGUGAAUAAAAUGAGACACAGAGAUUUUAGUUAACUUGCAAGGCCACUCUCUGGGAAACAGUGUCUUGGUGGAGCCACUCCACUCCAUUUUCCCUUAGAAAUCAUUGCCAUGUGCUGCCCAUAGGGGCCUGAGUUGAAGCUGCAUAUUGCCUCUGAGCAAACAGUGCUUUAGCAAAGCUACUGCAUCUACUCAUUGUAGUCACUGUGCCUGAGCUUAGAUAGCACCCUGCAUUCCAGAGAAAAGAUGCCUUGGCUGCUUACAGCAGUCAAAGCUGUCUGUGCCUGAGCUGAAGCAUUAUCAUGGCUCCUGGGAAAACAGUAUCUUGAAUGCCCAGAGUAGACAUGCUCCACUCGUCCUUAUGACUAUCUUGAAGUAGCACCAUUCCUCCUAGGAAUUGGUGCCUUGGCCUCCCAGAGUGGUCAUGUACCCUUAUACUCAAGCUGAAGAGGUGCCCUGUAUCCCAGAGAAACAGUGCUUUGGUCACCCAGAGCAGACACCUUACCCCUCCUACCCCUACAGAGGACCUCACUAAUGAAGUUAGUUACAUAAUACCUCCUGAGAAACUGGUGCCUUGGCCAAGAAGAACAGCUAUGCAUCCCAGGACAGAGCUAACAUGGUACCCUGAGUCCCAAAGAAACAGUGCAGUGGCUGUACUGAGACACCUUGUCCUACAGAACAAAUAGCGCUAGGACCCUGGUUCCCUGGAGCUGGACUAGCCAUCUAGAGAUGAACUGCUGAGAAAUUUCUCUACCCAGGGAGUAGCGUCAUAGCUGUGCUGCUCCUUACUCCCCAGGACCCAAGCAACAGCUACACUACACCAUUCUGGGGUCAUUGUUGACACUACAUUUGACUUCAUAGAGUCUGGGAUACGGCCAGUUUUCCCAUCUCAGAGUCCAGAGUCACCACUACAUGGUGCUUUAUCCCCCCAGGAUCUGAGUUGUCUCUGAGGCCUGUGGGUUCUGGUUCCCAAACUCCCCAGGUCCAAACCUUCAGAGCAUUUCAGGGGCAGAAAUGCCCUGGUGGUUUGGACCUGGGGAGCAGAGUAGGGCUAGGAGAGAGUCUCAGCUACAACCAAAUUCCCUUGGUCUGAAGUGCUAGGGGUGCCUCAGAGUCAUGGAUGCUACCUCUGUGGGCAGUCUACAUCCAACACUGUCACAGAGAGUGAAUCUGUACCCCAGGACCCAUAUGCCACAGCAGGUUCAUGAGGACCUGAGCCUAGGACCUCAGCUUCACAGCUACUCUGAGUAACUGCACCCUGAAACCCAGCACUACUGUAGCUACUUGUAGGCCAUGUCAAACUUGACACCAAGAUGGAUCUCCAUGGGUAAGUCUCCCCACAGUGGGGAAAAUAGGAAGAUCUAAUAGACAUUUUCAGACCAUUUUAUCCAACAUAUGCAGAAUAUACAUUUUUUUUAAGCAGGACAUGAAACAUUCUCCUGGAUAGAUUAUAUGUUAGGUGAAAAAAUAAGUUCCAUCAAAUUCAAAAAUCAAAAUGAUGUCAAGUAUCUUCUCUGUUUGUAACACAGUAAAUUUAGAAAUCAGUAACAAGAGCUUUCAAAACUGUACAAAUACAUGGAAUUUAACACAUGCUCCUGAAUGACCAAUAGAUUAAUGAGAAAAUUAAGAAGGGAAUUAAAAUAUUUCUGGAAACAAAUGAAAAUAGAACUGCAACAUACCAAAACCUAUGGGCUAUAGUAAGAGUAUUAAGAGGAAUGUUUAUAGCAAUAAGUGUCUACAUCCAAAAAGUAGAAAGAUUUCAAAGAAGCAACCUAAUGGUGCAACUCAAGGCACUAGAAAAGCAAGAACAAACCAAACCCAAAAUUAGAAGGAAGAAAUAAAGAUUAGCAGAAAUUAAGAGAAUUGAGACUAAAAAAUAAAAAAAUCAACGAAAUGGAAAGUUAAUUUUCUUAAAAGAUAAAUAAAAUCAACAAACCAUUAGCUAGACUAAGGAAAAAAAGGAUAAAAUACCAAAUUAUAUAAAAUCAGAAAAAGCACACAAUACAACUGAUAUCACACACAUACAAAGAAUUAUUAGAGACUAUUAUGAACAACCAUAUGCGAACAAAUUGGAAAACCUAGAGGAAAUAAGUAAAUCCCUGGGCACAUAGAAUCUAUUAAGACUGAACUAAAAAGAAAUAGAAAAUUUGAACAGACCAAUAAUGAAUAAUGUGAUCAAAACCAUAAUAAAAAGUAUCCCAACAAAGAAAAUUAGUAGGUUUCACUGCUGAAUACUGUCAAACUUGUAAAGAAUAACUAAUACUAAUUCUUCUCAAACUUAAAAAAAUUGAAGAGGAGAAAAUUCUUCCUGUUUCCAUGAGACCAGUAUUAUCCUGAUAUCAAUACCUGACAAAGAUCCAACAAAAAAGAAAGCAAUAGCAAAAACAGCUUAUAAAAUAAUAGCAAACCAGUAUUUUGAAUCGAAUUAAACAGCAAAUAAAAAAGAUUAUAUAUGAUUAUCAAGUGGAAAUUAACCUGGGAUGCAUAAUGGUUCAGUAUAAUCAAAUCAAUAUACAGGAUACAUAUCAACAGAAUGAAAGACAAAAACCAUGUGAUCAUUUCAAUGGACACAGAAGAAGCAUUUGAUAAAAUUCAGCACAUCUCUUCAUGAUAAAAACUCUCAACAAAUUAUGUAUAGGAGAAACAUACCUCAACAUAAUAAAAGCCAUGUAUGACAAACCCACAGGCAUAUAUGACAUAUUGAAUGUAGACAAGCUGAAUUAUUUUACCCUAAGUACUAGAAGAAGACAAAGAUGUCCAUUUUCAUCAGUUUUAUUCGACAUAGUACUGAAAGUCCUAGCAAGAGCAAUAAGUCAAGAGAAGGAGAAAAAGGGCAUCCAAAUAGGAAAGAAGUACGUGAAAUUGUUUCUGUUUGCUGAUGACAUGUUCUUAUACAGAGAAAAAUCUAAAAUCUCCACCAAAAAGCUCUUAGAAUUGAUAAACAAUUCAGCAAAGUUACAGCAUAUGAAAUCAGCACUGGAAAAAUCAGUAGUGUUUCUAAACAUCCACAAAGAACUAGCUGAAGAAGAAAUCAGGAAAGCAAACCCAUUUACAACAGCUACAAAAUAAUACCUAGGCAUAAAUUUAACCAAGGAGGUGAAAUAUCUCUACAAGGAAAACUACAAAACAUUGAUGAGAGAAAUUGAAGAGGAUACGCACACACACACAAAUGGAAAGACAUCCAUGUUUAUGGAUUAUCACAAUUAAUAUUGUUAAAAUGACCAUGCUACCCAAAAUGAUCUACAGAUUCAAUGCAGGUUUUUCAAAAUACCAAUGACAUCCAUCACAGAAGUAGAAAAAAUAUUCUGAAAUUCUUAUGAAACUACAAGAGACCCCAAAUAGUGAAACAAUCCUAAGCAAAAGAACAGUCAGAGGUGUCAAACUUCAAAAUAUACUAUCAAGGACUAAUGACUGAAAUAUACUAUAAAGUGGUGGUAACCAAAACAGCAUGAUACUGACAUAAAAACAGACACAUAGACUAAUGGAACAGAAUAGAGAAUCCAUAGGUAAAUCCAUGUAUUUACAGACAACUGAUUUUCAACAGAUGUACCAAGAACAUUUAUUAUAGAAGUGACAGUUUCUUCAAUAAAUCUUGCUGGGAAAACAGGAUAUCCACAUGCAGAAAAAUAAAACUGGACCCCUAUUUUUCAUGAUGUACAAAGAUCAACUCAAAAUGGACUAAAGACUUAUAUGUAAGUUCUGAAAGUAUGAAACUACUAGAAGAAAACAUAAGGGAAACACUUUAGGAUAUUGGUCUGUGCAAAGAUUUUAUGAACAUACCUCAAAAGCACAGGUAACCAAAACAAAAAAUAGACAAAUGGGAUUAUAUCAAACUAAAAGUCUUCUGUACAACAAAGGAAACCAUCAGCAAAGUUAAGAGACAACCUACAGAAUGGAGAAAAUAUUUGCAAAUCAUUGAUCCAAUAAGGGAUUGAUAUCUAGAAUAUAUAAUAAACUCAACAGCUUACAAACAAAUAAUCCCUUUUUAAAAUGGACAAAUGAUUUGAAUAGACAUUUCGCAAAAGAAGGUAUACAAAUCAGAAGUAAGUAAUGAGAAAAUGCUCUACAUCACUAGUCAUCAGGAUAGUGCAAAUCAAAACUGUGAUGUCAUUUCACCACGGUUAGAAUUACUAUAAAUAAAAGACAAAAAUAAAAAAUGCUAGUGAGGAUGUGGAGCGGGUACUUUUAUACUCCUUUGGUGGGAGGAUAAAUUAGUACAGAUAUCAUAGAAAACAGUCUAGAGGUUCCUCAAUAAACUAAAAAUAGAAUUACCAUAUGAUCUGGCAAUCUCACUAUUGGGUAUACCUAAAGGAAAGAAGAUUAGUAUAUUAAAGAGAUAUUUGCAUUUCCAUGUUUAUUGCAGCACUAACCAAGAUAUGUCCGUUAACACUAGCCAAGAUAUGGAAUUUGUCUCAGUGUAUAUAAACAGAUGAAUAGAUAAAGAAAAUUUGGUAUAUAUGUACAAUACAACAUGCAGCCAUAAAAAAAUAAUGAAAUCCUGGCUGGGCAUGGUGGCUCACACCUGUAAUUCCAGAACUUUGGGAGGCUGAGGCAGGUGGAUCCACUUGAGGAGUUCAAGACCAGCCUGACCAAAUGGCAAAACCUUGUCUCUGUUUAAAAAAAUACAAAAGUUAGCAGUGCAUGGUGGCACACGCCUGUAGUCACAGCUACUCAGGUGGGUGAGGCACAAGAAUUGCUUGAACCUGGGAUGCAAAGGUUUCAGUGAGCUGAGAUCACUCCAUUGCACUCCAGCCUGGGUAACAGAGCAAGAUUCCGUCUCAAAACAACAACAAUAACAAAAAUCUUGUCAGUGAAAUAAGCCAGGCAAGAAAAGAUAAACACUACAUGUUUUCACUUAUACCUGGAAGCUAAAACAGUUGUUUUUAUAGGAGUAGAGAGUAGAUUAGUGGUUACUAGGGACUAGGAAGGAUAGAGGAGAUGGGAUAGGGAUUGGCUGGUUCAUAAAUACGAAGUUUACAGUUAGAUAGAAGAAAAAAGUUCUGUUGGUUUUUGGCACUGUGGGGUGACAAUAGCUAACAAUUGUGUUAUUUUUGAAUAGGUAGAAAAGAGGAUAUUGAAUGUUGCCAACACUGAGUUGAUAAACAUUUGAGAAAAAACCUGGAGGACAUCCUUGGAAAUAGCACAUUUGAUGUUUGUUGUGAUUUGUCAGGUAUUCACACCUAAGCCAAAUUGAGGUGAUAUUAUUGAUGAUGCCUUGCUCACCUGCACAUGUUUAUAAGCAAAACAAAACAGUGGAAGACUUAUGAUUCUUUUUGACACUGAACAGAUGUGAAGUUUACUCCCUUAUUAGUGCCUGCAAGACAUACAGAAAAAAAAAAGCAGAAACAUUUGGAGAUCUACCACAUCUUGCGUCUAACCAGUGAAGGAGAACAGAAUAUGGAACAGAAAAAAGAUGCUUAAUAGGAGUCCACAUUUCCAUUCAAAAGUGAAUAAUUAUGAUUAGGAUCAUGGUGCUGCCAUUGACCAGUCCUGGAACUAAGACUAAGGUCACCAUUAGCCAAACCUAACUACCAGGAAAGAAGAAAAAAAAAUGUAAGUCUGGAAAGGAAACCUGGUGUGAUAUUAGCAGAAUAUUUUGGUGGAGGGGAGGGUGUUGGGCAGAGACGGGAAAGCACAGUGUAUAUAUAUACUAAAUUAAAUGCAGAGUGAAAUGCACACUGAUAUGUGAAAAUGCUACUGAACAAAAGAGCAACAGUUUAAAUGGUGUAAUAACAUUUGACAUUAGAGUAACAUAAGGAACAAUCACAAAAUAUUGAUAUGGAAAGUGUUCAAUUGCCGAUGAAGGGCCUUCAGACAUAACUAAUCAUCAUAUAAAAUACCUAUGAUGUCUGCAUCUCUGAGACUGUUUCCUCAUCUGUAAAACAAUUAUUAUUAUAUGGCUAACAGCAGAUGAAUUUGUAUAUGUUUUUGUGCUUGAUUAUAUUGGUACAGAAGGUAUUACAGAUUUUACUGAACAGUGUUUGUAUAAUUUGAGUGAAAUUAUAUCCAAUUAUGGUGAUAUUACAAUUAAUGUAGAAUAGAGACAAGGAUUAGUAAAGUUGCUGACUUCUGCAUCCUGCAACUGUGGGAAAAUGGAAGACUGAAUAACAGCUAACUGAAAUUUGCCUUUAAAUAUAUUAUACACUCUAUGAAUAUUAAUAUGAACAAAAUUAAACUCCAUAGGACUGGAAAAAUUAAACUAAUGACUUUUAUGUCAUCCAAGUUAAUGAAUGUUUUCUGGCCCAACUUUUCAUUAAGAAAUUAAUCACAGUUUCUAAUUUCCUUCAUUCCAACAGUUUCCAUUGUGUGACUGUUUACAAAAGUGCUUAAUAAGAGCCCUUAAUGAAGACUUGCUCUCUUCUCUUUAAUACUGAAAUACAUUUACGUAGUUUUACAGCUUUUGGUAGUAAUAGGCACUCUUAAAAAUUAAUAGUGGCUAUUAGAAUAGGUGUUGUAUAAAUAUUUUCUUUAAUCAUAUGAAUAUUUCUAAUGUAUUAAUAUACUAUAGUAAAGAAUAGAGAAUCAUAAUUUUAUCUUUUAAAUGAAAGAAGGAAGGCAGGGGCUUAAAAUAUGGGGAAUAUUUGGGAAAAAUUCUAUUUCUAUUGAUCUUGGUGCUGAAAUUUAUAUUUGCAGUGUUUUACAAAUGUGUUCGCUUCCCUGUAUCCUCAGGGGAUUGAUUCCAGGGCUGCCAGCAGAUUCCAAAAUCUUUGCAUACCCAAGUAAGACUGCAGUCAGCCAUGAGGAACCCAUAUAUGUGAAAAGCCAGCCCUCCAUAUCCAUAGGUUUCAUAUUCUGUGAAUACCAGUAUUUUCCAUUCAAGUUUGGUUGUAGUUGCGAACCCAUGGGUCUGGAGGGCCAACUGUAUUUAUUGAAAAAGAAUCCACCUGGAAAUGGACCAACCCAGGCAGUUCAAACCUGUGUUGUUCAAGGGUCAACUGUAAUCUAGUGUUAAAUGAUAAACUAAAUGCAAAGAUGAUUAAUCCCAAAAAUUAAACAUAAUUAAAUCUCUGAAACAUAUUAGACAAAAACGAUUUUAAUAAUUAAUUAAAUAAACUUAAAAAAACACCUGUGAUAAUGACUUACGCACUUUAAUGUCUUUGUAUUAAUUCAUAGCUAAGGUCUUAGCUGUAAGAUUUAGCAAUUUAUAUUACAUUAUUUUAUGGACAAAAUAUAUAACAAUGAAACUAAAAUAAAAACCAAACUUUUAAGGGAAACUAAAAUAAAAACCAAACUUUCCUAAUCUGAUGAUGGAAUUGAGUGAAUGGUUGGUUAUCUGUAAGAAGAGCAACCAAGAUAAAGGAACAAAAAUUUCAAAGGCCAUAACCCAGAAUGUUUUUAUUAAAACCUCAGAAAACCUCACCGAAAUACCACAAAAUUAAAAACACACCAAAAGGAAAAUAGAAAUUAUAAAAUAAGCAUUCAACAAAGUAAACAUAUAAACUUAUUAUUAACUUGCAGUUAAAGAAGUACACAUUUUAGAAAAAGGGACAAAAUUUGCCAAAUUGUCGAAGAUUUAAAAGAUCACUGCUGGCAAGUGUGGUUUAAAUGUAACAUUGUCAUAUGUUAUUAGUGGAACUCUAUGUUGACAUAUAUUUCCAGAAAAUAAUUUGAUAUGCAUUAAAAUACUUAAAAGAUCAAAUACUUUUUGACAGGAUUUUCAAUUUUAUGAAGCCACAAUAAAGAAAUAAUUUGGGCCAGGUGUGGUGGCUCAUGCCUGUAAUCCCAGCACUUUGGGAGGCCAAGGAGGGCAGAACACAAGGUCAGGAGCUUGAGACCAGCGGCCAAGAUAGUGAAAUGCCGUCUCUACUAAAAAUACAAAAAUUAGCUGAGUACGGUGGUGCAUAGCUGUAGUCUCAGCUACUCAGGAGGCUAAGGCAGGAAAAUUGCUUGAACCUGAGGGCAGAGGUUAUGGUGAGCCGAGACUGUAUCAUUGCAUGCCGCUUGGGCAAUAGAGCGAGACUCCAUCUCAAAAAAAAAAAAAAGGGGGAGGACUCAAGAUGGCGCUGUGAGAACAACCCAGGAUUGGAGAUCUCAUUGUGUCCACGGAAAGGUGAGUCUGAGCUGCAUUUCCAGACUGAUCUUUGUUGCCCACGGAACGGGGAAAUUCCCAAGUGAACAGGAGAUGCGGGACGCCAGGCAGAACCUCCGCCUGGUGAAGCCGGCAGCCGGGGUGGCGGCGGCCAGCCCUACCCAGCGCUCCCCACAGGGCGCGCUUGUCCGGGUGCCCCGUUGAACCGGCAACCGGAGACGUGAGAGGGCUGGACUUGAGACUGAGCUAGACUUGGACAGUGGGCCAGCCAGGGGAUCGAAGGGACAGAGCAUUACGGUUGGCCCAGUGGGAUGAACAAAACUGCGAUUUCAAACAAGCCCCGGGCAGACGGCCCAAGACGCUCUGAGGGGGAGGGGCAUCCACCAUUACUGAGGCAACCCACCCCAACUGAGAUACAUGCCCAUUGCUGCCAGCCGUUGCCGAGGCAACCCCUCCCUACUGAGAUACACGCCCACUGCUGAUGCAGCCUGCCGUUGCCCAGGCAACCCAUCCCUACUGAGAUACAUGCCCACUGCUGACGCAGCCUGCCAUUGCCGAGGCAACCCGCUACAACAGAGAGACUCCACCGCAGGGCGUGGCAGAGACCACAGCAGAGCCUGCAGGAACAGGGCGAAUCACACAACAGCAGGGCGGAGCCUUGGCAGCCAAACAGUGGCUAGUGUGCGUCCUAGCUGGGCAGGACCUCAAUGGACAUCCAAAAAUAAAGCCCAAACCCCUCAACACAGAGCAUUUGAGGAAAAAAAGGGUUUUUUAAUGAGCUCUGUUGCUGCAGAAUCAAACAUAGCAGCCUAACAGCCCUGAAUGAACAACAGAGCUCACAGCUCAGCAAUUAAGCCCCUAUAAAGUACAAACUGUCUCCUCAAGCAGUUCCCUGACCCCUCUAUAUCAAAAAGACUGACGUUAGGCAGGCAUCAUCCUGGGACAAAGAUAGCAGAAAAAGAAACCGGUAGCAUCCCUCGCUGUGCCACAGCUGAUAGAGGUGCACCCCAGACAAGCAGGGUCUGGAGCGGACCUCAGCAGUCGUACAGCGAAGGGGCUAGACUGGUAGAAGGAAAACCAAGCAACAACAUUCUGGGUGUCCACUCAGAGACCCAAUCAAAAAGUCAGCAACUACGCAGACGACCAGUGGACAAAUCCACAAAGAUGGGAAGAAACCAGCGCAAAAAAAAGGAAAACACCCGAAACCAGAACACCUCACCUACUAGAAAGGACCAAAACUCCUCACCAGCAAGGGAACAAAGCUGGACGGAGAAUGACUGUGACGAAAUGACAGAAUUAGAUUUCAGAAGAUGGAUAAUGAGAAACUUUUGUGAGCUAAAAGAUCAUGUAUUAAAUCAAUGCAAAGAAACUAAGAACCUUGAAAAAAGAUUUGAAAAAAGAUUCGAGGAAAUGAUAACAAGAAUGGAUAACUUAGAGAGGAAUAUGAAUGAAUUAAAGGAGCUGAAAAACACAAUACGAGAACUUCGCGAAGCAAACACAAGUUUCAAUAGCCGAAUUGACCAAGCAGAAGAAAGAAUAUCUGAAGUCAAAGACCAACUCAAUGAAAUAAAACGAGAAACCAAGAUUAGAGAAAAAAGCGCAAAAAGGAAUGAACAAAGACUCCAAGAAAUGUGGGACUAUGUGAAAAGACCUAACCUACGUUUGAUAGGUGUACCAGAAGGGGACGAAGAGAAUGAAUCCAAGCUGGAAAAUACUCUUCAGGACAUCAUCCAGGAAAAUUUCCCCCACCUAGCAAGACAGGCCAACACUCAAUGGCAGGAAAUACAGAGAACACCACAAAGAUAUUCCGCAAGAAGAGCAACCCCAAGGCACAUAAUUGUCAGAUUCAACAGGGUUGAAAUAAAGGAGAGAAUACUAAGGGCAGCCAGAGAGAAAGGUCGGGUCACCCACAAAGGGAAGCUCAUCAGACUCACAGCAGAUCUCUCGGCAGAAACACUACAAGCCAGAAGAGAGUGGGGGCCAAUAUUCAACAUUCUUAAAGAAAAGAACUUUCAACCCAGAAUUUCAUAUCCAGCCAAAUUGAGCUUCAGAAGUGAAGGAAAAAUAAAAUCCUUUGCGAACAAGCAAGUACUCAGAGAUUUUGUCACCACCAGGCCUGCUUUACAAGAGCUCCUAAAAGAGGCACUACACAUAGAAAGCAUCAACCAGUACCAGCCAUUCCAAAAUCACACUGAAUGCUAAAGAGCAUCAACAUAAUGAAGAAUCUACAACAACGAACAGGCAAAACAGCCUCUUAGCAUCAAAAUGGCAGUAUCAAAUUCACACAUAACAAUAUUAACCCUAAAUGUAAAUGGACUAAACUUACGAAUCAAAAGACACAGACUGGCAAAUUGGAUAAAAAUCCAAAACCCAUCAGUGUGCUGUAUCCAGGAAACCCAUCUCACAUGCAAGGAUACACAAAGGCUCAAAAUAAAGGGAUGGAGGAAGAUUUACCAAGCUAAUGGAAAACAAAAAAAAGCAGGAGUUGCAAUUCUCAUCUCUGAUAAAAUAGACUUUAAAGCAACAAAGAUCAAAAGAGACAAAGAAGGCCAUUAUAUAAUGGUAAAAGGAUCGAUACAACAAGAAGAGCUAACGAUCCGAAACAUAUAUGGACCCAAUGCAGGAGCUCCCAGAUACAUAAGGCAAGUUCUUAAUUACUUACAAAAGGACUUAGACUCCCACACAAUAAUAGUGGGAGACUUUAACACUCCACUGUCAAUACUAGACAGAUCAACCAGACAGAAUAUCAACAAGGAUACCCAGGGUUUGAACUCAGACCUGGAGCAAGCAAACCUGAUAGACAUUUAGAGAACUCUCCACCCCAAAUCCACAGAAUACACAUUCUUCUCAGCACCACAUCACACCUACUCUAAAAUUGACCACAUAAUUGGAAGUAAAGCACUGCUCAACAAAUGCAAAACAACUGAAAUCAUAACAAACAGCCUCUCAGACCAUAGUGCAAUCAAGUUAGAACUCAGAAUUCAGAAACCGACCCAGAACCGCACAGCUUCAUGGAAACUGAACAACUGGCUCUUGAAUGUUGACUGGGUAAACAACGAAAUGAAGACAGAAAUAAAGAAGUUCUUCGAAACCAAUGAGAACAAAGAAACAACGUGCCAGAACCUCUGGGACACAUUUAAAGCAGUCUCUAGAGGAAAGUAUAUAGCAAUAAGUGCUCAUAUGAGGAGAAUGGAGAGAUCCAAAAUUGACACCCUAUCGUCAAAAUUGAAAGAGCUAGAGGAGCAAGAUCAAAAAAACUCAAAACCCAGCAGAAGACAAGAAAUAACUAAGAUCAGAGCUGAGCUGAAGGAGAUUGAGACACGAAAAACCCUUCAAAAAAUCAAUAAAUCCAAGAGCUGGUUUUUUGAAAAGAUCAACAAAAUAGACAGACCACUAGCCAGAUUGAUUAAAAUAGAGAGAAAAACCAAAUAGAUGCAAUAAAAAAUGAUAAAGGGGAAAUCACCACAGAUUCCACAGAAAUUCAAACCAUCAUCAGAGAAUAUUACAAACAACUCUAUGAACAUCAACUAGUAAACCUGGAAGAAAAGGAUAAAUUCCUGGACAACUGUGUCCUCCCAAGCCUAAACCAGAAGGAAGCUGAAACUAUGAAUAGACCAAUAACAAGGUCUGAAGUUGAGGCAGCAAUUAAGAGCCUACCACACAAAAAAAGCCCAGGUCCAGACGGGUUCACAGCCGAAUUCUACCAGACACACAAGGAGGAGCUGGUACCAUUCCUUCUAAAACUAUUUCAAACAAUCCAAAAAGAGGGAAUCCUUCCCAAAUCAUUUUAUGACAGCAACAUCAUCCUGAUCCCAAAACCCGGCAGAGACCCAACGAGAAAAGAAAACUUCAGGCCAAUAUCCAUGAUGAACAUAGAUGCAAAAAUCUUCAAUAAAAUAUUGGCAAGCCAAUUGCAACAGCAAAUCAAAAAACUUAUUCAUCAUGAUCAAGUAGGAUUCAUCCCCGGGAUGCAAGGCUGGUUCAACAUACGCAAGUCUAUAAACGUAAUUCACCACAUAAACAGAACCAAACACAAAAACCACAUGAUUAUCUCAAUUGACGCAGAGAAGGCAUUUGACCAAAUUCAACAGCCCUUUAUGCUAAAAACCCUCAAUAAACUCGGUAUCGAUGGAACGUAUCUCAAAGCAAUAAAAGCUAUUUACGACAAACCAACAGCCAAUAUCAUACUGAAUGGGCAAAAACUGGAAGCAUUCCCUUUGAAAUCUGGCACUAGACAAGGAUGCCCUCUCUCACCACUCCUAUUCAAUAUAGUACUGGAAGUUCUAGCCACAGCAAUCAGGCAAGAAAAAGAAAUAAAGGGUAUUCAAAUAGGAAAGGUGGAAGCCAAAUUGUCUCUAUUUGCAGACGACAUGAUAGUAUACCUAGAAGACCCCAUCGCCUCAGCCCAAAAACUUCUGAAACUGAUAAGCAACUUCAGCAAAGUCUCAGGAUAUAAAAUCAAUGUGCAAAAAUCACAAGCAUUCAUCUACACCAAUAACAGAGUUAAAGAAAGCCAAAUCAAGAAUGAACUGCCAUUCGCAAUUGCUACAAAAAGAAUAAAAUACCUCGGAAUACAACUCACAAGGAACAUAAGAGACCUCUUCAAGGAGAACUACAAACCACUGCUCAACGAAAUCAGAGAGGACACAAACAGAUGGAGAAACAUUCCAUGUUCAUGGUUAGAAAGAAUUAAUAUCGUGAAAAUGGCUAUACUGCCCAAAGUAAUUUACAGAAUCAAUGCUAUCCCCAUCAAGCUACCAUUGACUUUCUUCACAGAACUGGAAAAAACCACCUUGAACUUCAUAUGGAACCAAAAGAGAGCCCGCAUAGCCAAGUCAAUUCUAAGGAAAAAGAACACAGCGGGGGGCAUCACACUACCGGAUUUUAAACUAUACUACAAGGCUACAGUAAUCAAAACAGCAUGGUACUGGUACCAAAACAGAGAUAUAGACCAAUGGAACAAAACAGAGGCACCGGAGGCAACACAACAUACAUACAACUAUACAAUCUUUGAUAAACCUGACAAAAACAAGCAAUGGGGAAAGGAUUCCAUGUUUAACAAAUGGUGUUGGGAAAACUGGCUAGCCAUGUGCAGAAAGCAGAAACUGGACCCCUUCCUGACACCUUACACUAAAAUUAACUCCAGAUGGACUAAAGACUUAAACAUAAGACCUGGCACCAUAAAAACCCUAGGAGGAAAUCUAGGCAAAACUAUCCAGGACAUAGGAGUAGGCAAGGACUUCAUGACCAAAACACCAAAAGCAUUGGCAACAAAAGCCAAAAUAGACAAAUGGGACCUAAUCAAACUCCAUAGCUUCUGCACGGCAAAAGAAACAGUCACUAGAGUGGAUCGGCAACCAACAGAAUGGGAAAAAAUUUUCGCAGUCUACCCAUCUGACAAAGGGCUGAUAUUCAGAAUUUACAAAGAACUCAAACAGAUUUAAAAGAAAAAAACAAGCCCAUUCAAAAGUGGGCAAAGGAUAUGAACAGACACUUUACGAAAGAAGACAUAUAUGAGGCCAACCAUCAUAUGAAAAAAUGCUCAUCGUCACUGGUCAUCAGAGAGAUGCAAAUCAAAACCACAUUGAGAUACCAUCUCACGCCACUUAGAAUGGCGAUCAUUAAAAAAUCUGGAGACAACAGAUGCUGGAGAGGAUGUGGAGAAAAAGGAACACUUCUACACAGUUGGUGGGAGUGUAAAUUAGUUCAACCAUUGUGGAAGACAGUGUGGCGAUUCCUCAAGGCCUUAGAAAUAGAAAUUCCAUUUGACCCAGCAAUCCCAUUACUGGGUAUAUAUCCAAAAGACUAUAAAUCGUUGUACUAUAAUGACACAUGUACACGAAUAUUCAUUGCAGCACUGUUUACAAUAGCAAAGACCUGGAAUCAACCCAAAUGCCCAUUGAUAAUAGACUGGAUUGGAAAAAUGUGGCACAUAUACACCAUGGAAUAUUAUGCAGCAAUCAGAAAUGAUGAGUUUGUGUCAUUUGUAGGGACAUGGUUGAAUCUGGAGAACAUCAUCCUCAGCAAACUGACACAAGAACAGAAAAUGAAACACCGCAUAUUCUCACUCAUAGGUGGGUGAUGAAAAAUGAGAACACAUGGACACAGAAAGGGGAGUACUAAACAGUGGGGUCUAUUGGGGGGAAAAGGGGAGGGCCAGUGGGAGGGGGAGGUGGGGAGGGAUAGCCUGGGGAGAAAUGCCAAAUGUGGGUGAAGGGGAGAAGAAAAGCAAAGCACACUGCCAUGUGUGUACCUAUGCAACUGUAUUGCAUGCUCUGCUCAUGUACCCCAAAACCUAAAAUCCAAUAAAAAAAAAAAAAAAAGAAAAAAAAAAUAAUUUGAGAGGAGCAGAACAAAUAUUUACGUACAAAGAUAUGUACUGCUGUUUAAUUUACAGUGUGAAAAAUAUGGAACUUUUAGAUAAAACAACAGAAAUAACAAUAGUUACUAUAAAUUUCUGAGUUUUUAUGUGUUGGGCUGUAUGAUUAGUGCUGGGUAUAGAUUAUCUCAUUUAUGUUUAAGUUCACAAUGAUAUGUAGUUAGCAUAUUUCUAAAUUUACCUACUACUGUGUUUAGAAUAGGCAAGAUUUUUCAAUGGAACUCACCUUUUGUCAUGUGGGGAAGCUGUGUAACUUGGGAAAAUUAGCCAUAUUUGUGUCUCCAGGAAUACUCCCUGAUUGUCUUAAGCCAGUCAGUGAUUCUGCACCCCUAUCAAUUGGUUAGCAAUGUGCAUAUCGCUUUAUUUGCCCAGAUAAGAAUAAACAACGAAACUUUUGAUUAGGAAUUGAGGUAGAAAUUAUCUUCUCACCUUAGUUCUUAGUUAUGUAAAAGGUAAAAUAAAAAUUGAGAAUAGGAAAUUUAUCAAUAAGAAAAAAAUUGUGCAAAAGCUAAAUGGGCAAAAGCUAAUGUUACAUAAAAGAAAUGCAAUAUAUAAACCAAUUUUCAUAUUAUUAUUCAAUUUUCCUAUUGAAUUAAAGUAAAUUUCUAAAACCCUGAUAUGUAUAUACAGUAUAGGGAGGUUGGGGUGAGAUUUGCAUACUUUUUCACUUCUCUGGGAGUAUAAUAUGCCCUAUUUUCCAGACAAAGUAUUGUAAUUAUAUACACACUUAGAUCUGGUAAUUUCCAUUCUUCUUCAUCUCCAUAGUCAGAUGUUUGGCAAUGAUUUAUAUAACAGAUAAAAAUAUAUAUGUAGAAUAUAUUAUUCAAUAUUUUAAGUAUUUCACAAACUUUGCAAUCAUUUCUUUCUCAAGGCAACACUGUGUUAGAUUAUAUAGUUAAGGAGACUAAGGCAUAUCCUGUCAAGGCAACAUAGUUUUGGAAUUAGGCUUAUAACACUUUCCAGGCCAACUAUAGUCGUUUUAGUCAGUAUAUUACUUUGCUUCAAUUCUAAUCAUCACAGUGUCUCUAUAUAG